CAGAGGUGGAAGGGCCUGAACUGGGUGGAAUCAUCUCCUUGGUUUUCCGGUCUUGGAGAAGUUGUAAGUUUUGAAAAGGCUGAAUAAGGUGAAACAUCGUUAACUUACAUGGGAUUGGGUCAGAUGCUUUCAGUAUGUGCGUGUGAAUCUUUCUCUGUGUGCGUGUGUGUGUUUAUAUGUGUCACUCCCUAAAGGCAUGUCGCUGUCAACCCCGGGAACUUGUGUGUCUGACUGUAAGUUCACAGUCCUGCCCUGUCAGAAAUAGGCCGGGUUAGGUUAGAAAGUGUUUCAUAAGCUUAGACUGACCUCUUUCCUCUCUGCUUCUCCCUCCCUCUCUCUCAUUCUCUCACUCUCUAUCUCUCUUUUCCCGCCUCCCCCACCCCCUCCUCUCUCUCUCUCUCUCUCUUUCUCUCUCUCUCCUGGUGUCGCUGUCUCCCUCUCACCCAAACAUUAAAACAGUCGAUACACAAAUCCUACUGUUUUACGAUAGCAUGCACACUUUAGCCAAAAUCUAUACUUUUCUUACUCUUUUCUCUUAACUGCAGAGUAUACCAACAUCUUCCACAACUCCCUCUUUCUUAAAUUUUAAUCUCUCAGAAAAGUCUCUGUUCUCAUUAAUAUUUCCAGGAUUCUGUUUUCUGAUAGCUUUGUGCUCCGACAGUUACACCCCUCCUACCAAACUUACUGAGAAGGUGACUGAAAUACUUGAAUGUGCAUGAGAGAAUUGUGCAUAUUUGCAUAAAUUAAGGUACAUAAAUGUUGGUUGCCUCUGCAAACACAAGUGUGUGUGUUUGCAUGUGUGUGUGUGAGAGCAUGUAAUUGCAUGCAUGUGUCUCCGUGUUUGUCUUCGUCUUCCAUUUGACUGCCAUCUGAAUCUGUGGCACGUACAGCACAGCUACUAAACAGCAGAUAGACAGACAGGAGGAGGAAAAAAAAGGAAAGGGGGGUAGCGAGGAGGGUUGAGAAGGAGUGAAGAAGUAGAGAAGGGAACAAGUGAGGAGUAGGAGGAGGAGGAGGGGGGAAGAGAUGAGGACAGAGAGUGGAGAAGGAGAGACAGGCAGGGAGACGGUGAGCAUGAGAGAGUGAGACAAAUAGAGAUAGAGAAAAAAGAGAGACAGGCUUUGGGGAGGAGGAGGAGGUGGAAGGGGGUGGGGGGGCAUCAGCAUACAGAGGCAGUCUGUGGUCUUCCAAGCAGCAGCAACAGCAGCAGCAGCAGUAAAAAUAGGGGAGAAGAAAAACAACGAUGGCUUGAAAGAUUAAAUUCCUGUUGGAAUAGGAAGUGCAGAGAGAGGGAAGGGCCGAAACUGGGGGAGGUGAUGGGAGCACUGGGUGCUGCCUGGGCAAAGGUGCUGGAUCUGGUGGGUACUUCAUGAAGAAAACAAUGCAAACUAAAAGCAUCAAAAAGAACAACAGUGGGUAAGGAUGGUUGCCAAGAUGAACUUAUUCAAUCGAGUUAAAUCUUUGAGAUCGGUUCAUCAAUGAUGAUAUUUGAGAAGUCAACGCAGCCGCUGGUUUUAACAAUUUAGCGUCUAAAUAGCCAGCAGGGGCCAAAAAAUAUGGAGUCAUGAAUGUAGUUUUUUCAGGAUGCAAGAUUAUGUAAAAACAAGAGUUAAGUGGCUACUGUGUAAUGGCCAUGAGCUAUCCAAGGUGGCACGCAAGGCUGAGAUUUGAUACUACACGAUAUAUUACCAUACAAUACAAUCUGAUAGGAUCUGAUAUUACACCAUAUGAUAUGAUACGAUACGACACGAUACAAUGCGAUACAAUAUGAUACAAUACACUACAAAAUAAUACGAUACGAUAUGAUACAAUAUGAUACAAUAUGAUACGAUAUGAUACGAUAUGAUACAAUACAAUACGAUACAAUAUGAUACGAUACGAUAUGAUAUGAUACGAUAUAUGAUACGAUAUGAUACAAUUCGUCAUGAUCCGAUAUGAUACGAUAUGAUAAGAUACGAUAUGAUGCGAUAUGAUACAAUUCGACAUGAUCCGAUAUGAUAAGAUCCGAUAUGAUGUGAUACGAUACGACAUGAUACAAUACGAUAUGUUACGAUACGACACGCUAGAUAUGAUACAAUACGCUAUGAUACGAUACAAUACGAUACAAUACGAUUCGAUACAAUACAAUACAAUACAAUACAAUACUGUACUAUACUAGUACAAUACUAGCCCUGUGUGUGAACUUUGGAGCAAACACUUGGAUCAGUACAGGUCUUAUUCAGGUGUAUACAUGCCAGAGAAAAUCUAUUCCUAACCGCAUUGUUCCGGUAUGUUAGCAUGACUCUAAAAUUUGUGGGGCAAUUCCAAAAGAUUGGUUGACUCAUUGCUACUAUACUAUUGCUAUUAUAUGGCAAGGCCAAAAUGUUGAACUUGAAUGAAGUAAGAUGUUCAGGGAACAGUGGUUGAUCUCAUGGUAGCAGUGUACUCUUCUUCUACAUUCAAACAAUGGAUUGUCACCGGUAAAAUGGAGAAAAAUGGUGCAAAAUUUGCUGCUAAGUUUAUUUAAAAAAUACAUUUUUCUGGAACAUCAAAAAAUUUUUUGUGUUAUUUGUAAGCAGAUUCUUUGAAAUGGCCAGUGACAGCCAAGUCCAGCAUCAUUUCUGUUAAAAGAGUUUUCAAACAUACUUACCAGUUCUUCAAAUUGAAUUGCCUUUGCCUCUGUUUUAUCAGGGUGGAGACAUGAGUGUCAAGGUGUAGUCAGGUUGAAAGAGAAGCAAAUAUUUAUUAAUUUAAAUUACACUGAGAGAUUGUUUCACCGCCAGUUUGAGCUGCCAGAGAACCAACUGCUCAGAGGUAAACUGAGGUAAGCUGGCCAAGGGCUCAUGGUGAAGUUAGCACAGAAGUGGCCAAAAACUGAAGUGUUUCAAAUGGCCACUGAGGUUUUCUUCAACAGCAAACACGCCGCCGAUGGAGCUUAUGUUCAAAUUUGCAGCAGAAUUAAACAUGUUCGCAGCUUAGUACAACUUUUCUAUUUAAACCAUUUCUUAGAAUUCACGACAACUGCACUGGAAAGGUGACGCUUUUUUUCCUCACCUCUUUAAUUUAUCUUUAGGCUUAAACUUCUGAAUACUUAAAGGCGUGGUUGUGUGGAGGGUUACGUGGGUGCUACUUGCUGCCUGGCAGACAACGGUAGAGCUAAUUUGCUCGCUUCACUUAAGCUUUCUUUAUUGUUAAUGGUGCUGAUUCAUUUUGUCGAGUUUUUAACGAAAAUAUCUGAUACGUUCCGCUGUUUGGAUUGUUUUACUAACAGACUGUCCCAGAUAACAGUGCUCCAGCUUGUAUUGGUAAGUGACUUAUCUAUACAUGAGUUUGCUCUGUUCGCUAUACAUUAGCAUGAUUUUUGUCAUUUUUCAAUGCAGAGUAUGGCAAUCCACAAUAAUAAUGAGACUGUUUUUGUUCCUGUUUACUUAAUGCUCAAAAGAACAUUUUUAAUUGUUGCAGGCGGAGUGUCAAGCUAGUUAGCAAGACACUGUGUUAGCCCCCUUUGCUGACUGUAAGUCACACUGAGGGACAGCCAAUACACUCCCAGACAGGAAGUGUAUUGGCUAUGUGAAGGCUUGGUUUCCAUUUGGGUGUGCAUCUUGAUAAGAGAUCAAACUGUUCAUACUGACGGCGCGAAUAGAUUUUUUUUCACAAGCCAGUUGAUUCAUCUAAGACUUUUUAUUUUAUUUUUACAGCCGGUAAAACCUUUUGCUACUCUUCCCCAUCUUUCAAAGUAGAAUGUUGUAAAAACUGGUGUCGUACAGAUGCUUCCACCGACUAUGAGCCAGGCGUAACAUUUCAGUAGUAACUCAAGCUUGCACUGGCACUGCCUCAGCUGAAGCAACCCCUAAAGCACAAGUGAAGAGUAAACUUUGCCCUAAAUUAGACAUAAGGCUCAAACUUAGUGCAACCUAGAGUCCUCCAAUCUCUCUACUGGACUCUACUGGUUCUUUGACUCACUACCCCACUGAGGUGGAAUAUGUCUUUAUUUAUGUCCUUGUGUUAACUAAGUUUCCCAUUAAACUUGACUUUUUGUAAACUGAGUAAACCAACACUUUGACGACCCUGACCAUGAAGAUUUUCAUGUUUCAUAAUCAGAAACUUCUUUAGCCGUUGAGCAACAUUAUUCAACAUCCACAGAGGUAGAAGCUAAAUGUAGAUUCAUAGUAUUGUCAACCUCAGCAGUAUAUCAUUAUACUGUAAAGUGCCAGAGCAUAUUUGGGGAUUUUAGUAAGAGGCACACCUCAACUGGAAAAACUUGCUCUCUUGCUGUCAUUAUCAGACAGUGCCCUUUUCAAAUGCUCUGAAUUUGACAAGUUAGAGCACAUUUCUUUCAGUUUUACAAAAGGAAUUCUUGAAAACGCUGCAAAAUACCAUAUCAAGUACCAGAGCUGAUCCCCAAAUCUACCUGCGGUGACAAGUUUGACUAAAGGGUACUUUGGUCUUUACUAUGAACAAUUUAGAAAUUUUAGGGGCCAACCUAUCAAGUUGUUGGCAAACAAGUACAAAAUCUCCACAAAAUUGUGAAUCAAAUUAAAAGUUUUAUCCAUUCAUGGACAUUUAAAUCAUCCCAAACUUCACAGUUCUCACAAGUGCUGACCUCUCGUUUGGGUGACACCAAAGUUCCCUUUUUGCUAACCUCACAAAUAUUCAUAUUUGGCUUACAAAAAGAUUUAUUUAGCUUUAUCCACGGGGACAUGGCCAGAAUGUUUUGUCCCAGCCAAGGUAUUGACCUACAUUAGGGUUAGCCUGAAGCAUGUGUGCACACACACAUAUCAUUUGUUUACCCUUUAUGUCUCUAUUAAUCAGAUCUACUUUAAUGACUAAUAUUUAAGUAUUGUGCAGAUGUUGUAUUCCUGGGUUUAAUGUUCAAUGCCUGAUAAAUAAAGGCUAAAAACAUUAAUCGCAAGACUUAAUAAAUUGUCUGCAACUCCCUGCACAAGAUAAAACUGUAAAAAGACAGUUCCCCAAAGUUUGUGAUAAAUGAUUAUGGGUUAGGGUUAGGACAGGGGUGUUCAGGAGUUUGCUUUCUUUCUUUUUUGUGUGUGUUUAUUGAUGGAUUGUUUCCCUUUGUGUACACCUUAGAGAAAUGUGUGAAGAAUUUUUCAAAUAAUAUUGUUCAAAUUCCAAUUAAAGGAAAUGUUCUCCAUUUAGAUGCAAAAUGAAAUCCAGGCUGUUGCAACCACAGGAGCAGCUGGUCACUGCGAACACCCACGGGAUGUUUGGUUGUCAGUCAAGUCAGAUGUGCUUCUCACAAGGCAAAACUCAUAACAGGAAUAUCCUCAAAAUGAAUAGAUUUUCAAUAAAACACUCUCUGUAUAGUGUGUACAGAUGGAAAAUGAGCCAUGUUGACUAAAAUUGUUGUUAGCUCUAUGCUUUGAACACUUUUAUUUGUGUUGUAAAGAUGGGCUUUUUUAGUGGGCGUGUCUGUGGCUUCAUUGGCUUUUGUGGCUAGCCUCAAGUGGACGCUUGAGGAACUGCAGCUUUUAAAACUCUGCAUAGGCUUCCUGUCUUUGGAAUGGGGGUUGCUGUUGUGCUGCAACACAUUCCUGAAAGUUUUUUUUUUUUUUUUCACACAAGACAAGCAUAUCCAUUGAUAGUUAAGGAUUUUCAGGACGGCACCUAGGGUUGCUCAUCACAUUUGAAGAGGGACCCUCGCCCACCCCCCUCUAGAUGCAUCCCUGCCUGUCAGUGAAGUAUACUCCAUUUGAUUUGUUUUUAGCUUGUCUGAUGGAAAAUGAGUUCCCCAAAUGUCACCAUUGUUCUUACAUCUCUUCAUUACUUGAAAACAACAGUUUGAGAUUUAGAUUUAGAUUGAUACGACACUUAUGAGGCUUGUUUUCUCUCUCUUUUUUUUCAUUUUAUUACCCCCUAACUCAGAGAGGGAAAGCCUGUUAGAAUACAGAGGGGGACAGAAGGAAGGAAGUGAUUGCAGAGUGCUGGAACGGGUCCCACAUCUCUCUAAGAAGCCAAUGAGCUCUGAUAGAGAAACUUCAACAAACCGACUGAUUGGCACUGCAAAGGAUGCCAUUCAAUUAGAAAUGAACAUGUGAAUGGAAAGCUUCUGAGAGGGAUCUGGAGUGAUGAAAAAUACAGGUUUGGCAUGAUUGAGCUCAAACCUGUUUGGGGAUAGCUUGUGUGUGUGUUUGUGUAUGUGUGCGUGCGUGUGUGCGCACACUCUCCCUGAUAGGAUGGGGGCUUCGUUAGGGUAAUUACAGCUUUGCUAUGUAAAUAAGCCUGUCAUAGAGGAGAGAGACACACCCACCUCUUUUUCAGACCCAAUUAACCUAACUCCCCUGGAAUUUACAUACCUAACAAUCUCCAGCACACACACAUACACACACAUGCGCGCACAUGCAUGCACAGAGAUCAAUUCCUGCAUUACUGCAUACAUUUUUUUAACACUUUAUCUAAGUAAAGUGCUGUCAAUCUAUGCAUGCACCAAACUUUCUCUUUUUCCAGAGGAUUAGUCUAAGGCUCAAGGCCGUGGGGUGUAAGUGUGAGUGUGUAAACUUGAGCCCCAUUGUGUGCAUUGGAUCCCCGUUAAGGUGCUAAACCACAGCCAGCCAGGUGAUAUCUAAAUGCAUAAGGCAUCACCAGGGGCUAACUGGCUGCUGGGGCUGUGGUGAGCAGCAUCUAUCAUCCGAGCCGCUGAUGAAUGUCUGUCCUGAGUGGCUCUGUGGUGAAGUGAGGGGAGCACAGAGUGCAUGAAAUGACUCAUGGUAGUGGUGGAAGGAGAAAUAAGGAAAAGGGAGGAGGAAGAGGGGGGCUGGAAAGACAAGGGAGAAGGGCACAAGGGAGAAAAGGGAAGGAGGAAGCUGCAGGAGUAAGAUGAUGACGAAGAAGGCAGAGGAUGAACAUGGAGAGGCUGAGAGAGGAGAACAUGAAGUUAGAAUAUUUAAGAAGGCUGCGUAAGUAUGGGAGGAUGGAGAUCCACGGGGAAGACGAGAAGUGGAAAAGUGAGGGCAAGGGAGAAGGGGGGAGACAUGGGGAGUAAGGUGAAGAGUCAGAAGAAGCAGAAGAAGGAGGGGGGUGAAGAUGCAGAAGUACGAGCACGAGGGGGAACAGAAACAGAAGAAGACUAGUUAAGGGGGCAGGAGGAGGAGGAGGAGGAGAAAAGACAGAGAUAGAUACGAGGGAUGUGGGAGCAGGAGGAAGAACAGAGGGAGAUAGUAGCGGGAAAGUGGGUCAGAGGAGCGGACGAGGAUGUGGAAGAGGAGGAAGAGGAGAGUGAUUAGGCGAGAUGGAGGGAGAGAUACUAGAGGGUACGGGGAUCAUAAUGGGAGUUCAGUCAGGAGGAAAGAAAGCCGGAUAAUAAACCUUAAGAUUGUCCUGCUUUAUGUUAACUACUGCAGUGUUGACGUUCUGUGUAUCAGCAAAAUCAAAUGUGUGGCAGAUUUGGCAUUAAUGUACCAUGAACCAUAUCUAAUAAAACAGUUUGACUCUUGAACCAGAUUACACGACAGUUGUGACAUGCAGUCGCAAGAUAUCAGGAUCUCCCGGCAGAGAUCUGACUGCAUUAUUUAGGGCAGAUCCAGGGUCAGUGAACUCAAGUCUAAUACAUUAUUGACACUCUUCAAUUUGUGAGGAAUAUUGUUUCUGAGUGAGUUCGCUGGGAAAUCUUCAAACGUACAGACUAUCAGUCGGAGAGAGGAAAGCAGGGAGAGGAGCGGGAGGAGGAGGAGGAGGCAAGUGUGUCUGAAAAGCCAAGGGACUGAAGGAUCACGAUGAGAGAGGGGCAGAAGAAAUCACAAACACAAACUUAUAAUCGCUGGGCUGAAAAGUAAUUGACAUUAUUCAGAAUUACAAGCCUAAAUCUUCAUGUCAUAAAUUUCUGCAGCAAACAAGUCUUAAAGGGAUAUUCCGCCAUAGAAUUAAUUUAGGGUCAAACACACGGUAACACCGAGUUAGACACCCCCUCGAAAGAUGAAUGUUGCCGACCGCUUGCUUCUCUAGUUAUGCCAACUUUAGUAACGACCGCAGGAUAGCAAUACACAGCGGUAUGAGGAGGCAUACACAAGACGCAACUUAGGCCAGUCCAUUAGGGACUGCUGCGGGGUGAUGCAGCUCAAGGAGGAACAUUUAUGAUCAUUUCUUUAUCAUUUCCUUGAGUUAAUAAUCAUUUUUCACUGCAGACGCCAUAGUUCUUCUGCCUUAGCGUCUCGGUCUGAUUGCAUUUCCAUAAAAAAUGAUCAUAAAUGUUCUUCCUUGAGCUGCGUCACCCCACUGCAUUCUGUAAUGGACUGGCCCAAACUCUUGCUACAAACAAGCGGCUGCUGGAGGAGAGUUGGUGAGUUGUAUUCUGUCUCUUUGCUAAAGAAAUUAGGCAAAGUUAAAAAGAUGUUUGGUGGCGAUCAUCUAACCAUUUGAUGACUGGGACCCUAUAUGUACUGUUGAUGAAGUUAGGUGCUGUUUUGAGUGUAAUUUGUGGCUAUAGAGUGGCAUUUUGGUUGAGGUUUGUUUAUGACUCCUGAAACCGCUGUGUAUUGCUAUUGUGCGGUCGUCACUAAAGUUGGUAUAAGUAGAGAAGCAAGCAGUCGGCAACAUUCAUCUCUUGAGGGGGUGUCUAAUUUGGUGUCUAACUCGGUGUGUUUGACCCUAAAUUAAUUUUACGCCGGAAUAUCCCUUUAAGCUUCCUAAACUCGAUUUGAGUCAGACAAGAGGGAUUGGUUUUAUCAGGAGGAUGUCAUCUGUGCACCAACUCGUCCAUCCCAACCAAGCAUUAAAAAUCAGACCUGUUUUCUGGAUCUGCUUCUAUUCAGGUUUUGAAUGUGCAAACUCGAAAAUAGAGCAAUUUAAACACACUUUAGGAAAUACCGCACCUGUUCCAUUAUAACACUCACAUAAUUUGCAUCUGUAUUUAUCACAUCAUGUUUAAAAGGUGCAAAGAUACACUCAGGUGUCUGAGAUACUGUUAGAUACUGAAUGGAGAGAUGCAUGAGCAGAAAAAAAAACGCACAAAAGUGAUCUGCUAAUCUGUGGUAAAUGAAACAAUAAAAACGCAGAGAGGACACUGUGAUGUUUGUGUUUUUCCCCCAUAAAGGAGGAAGGGCCAGUGUUCCUGGGGAUCACUGGGUUCUCGGAUCAAUACUGUUGCUAUGAUGAGACAGUGAUAGAGUUUGUGGUCUAGAGCUUAAAAAAAUACCUGCACCACUUUCUCCUCUCCUCUUAUCCUCCUUCUCCUCUUCCUCCAUUUCCUUCUUUUCAGUCUGUAUUCACAAUUGUUAAGCUUGAUUUGAAAAUCUUUCCACUUUAAGAGUUUUGGUCUUUUUGUGUGUUUCCAGGACUGACACGAUAAAUCCCUCUUUUUCUGUUAUCACCACAUUAUUUUGACUUUAUUUGGCAGGUUUGAAAUCAGAAUAGUAUUUCUUCAGUGUAAUUUAAAGCACUAUGUUUAUACAAAAAAAUAGAAGAUUAAGAUUUACAUAGAUGAAAAAAAAACUGUCCCUAAUGGUUGACAUAAACUUGAUGUUCUUCGAAGGGAUGGUGAGUUUAAGCACAUAUACAUAAAAAUAAAAACAAGACUCACAUUUUAGACUGACUAAAGUCUAUGUCUCUUGCAUCGUCCAGUACAUUGGGGCGGAUUUACAUAACACACAUUAUAUAAAUUCAUGCUUUAUUUAAGGAUCAGCUUCCUCUCUCCUUUGUCUUCCUCUUUUAUUCCUCUUUUCUUUCAUAAGUCUGCUCAUCAUGAGGCGUUUGUAUUCUCAUGUAUGAAAAAAAAAACUAGUCUAACCACACUCGUACAGAAGUGUACUCUCUCUCUCUCUUUCUCCCUCGCUCUCUCUCUCUCUCUCACAAAUACACUCACUCUCCUCCACACACACAUCCACCGGCGUGCGUGCGAACACACAAGCACGCAGACAGUCAGCUGUGCCCUUCCCACAGCAAGUAGCACGAAAACAGAACACACCGCCUAACACACACACACAGAGACACACACACACACACAUGUGCACACACAAACUCUGCAACUGCCCUCUACACACUCUUAAAGGGACAUGACGCAUGUUUAGACAUCACUACAGAGAGCAAACACGGUACCUGAACUCCACAUUAACAUUUAUGAACGCUCUGACUUCAUAAUUUGUAUUGGCUUGGAAUGAAUGAUUUGUGACUAUAAACAUGAUAAAUGAUCAAAGGGUAAAUUUGAACGGCGUGUCAUUCGUUUGAAUAGUUGGGAGCGGCUGACAUAUUGAGAAUUAAAUUACUAUUAAAUUAGAUUAAUGACUUUUUAACUCUGGAGUUACACGACAAGAGCCGGCAUUGUGCUAAUGUUUACACCAAACAAUUGUGAACUAAUAGGAACAAUUUGAGCCUACAGUUAUCAUUAUAUUGCAUAACAUUUGAUCAGUUUGGAUACAGAGAUCGUGCAUGAGAAUUUGCACACAUGAUCCUAAAGGUCAAACGGCUGCCCUGAAACUGAGCCUGUAAAGUACAAACAUUCAGACGACAGAAACAGCAAGACUGUCGAUGAAUCUAGACAAGAAAGGCUGUUUUUUAUGCAAAUUUAAAAACCUGAUGUGACAGCUUUACAAGAUUUUUCAAGGUUACCAGAUAGAUUCCUUUUUUUUAUCAGCAAGAACCAGAAUUCAACAACUUGGACAUAAAAAGAGACAUUAUAUUGGCUCACGUGCUUAGUCAGGCGAGUUUCUAAGUGUUUCUCUUAGAGAUUGAGAGUGACUAUAGGAGAGGUAGGAGGUACGGUGAAAUCUGUGCUACAAAUGUGGCUUUAUAAUUUAUCUAGUAGGACAAAAUUCAACUUCAAUGUAUGCAGAGCCGGCCCAAGGCAUAAGUGAACUAAGCGCCUGCUUAGGGCCCCGUGACUGGCAGGGGGCCCCCAAGAGCAAUUUUAAAAUUUUUUAUAUUUUUUAUUUUUUGUAUGUAUGAGUGAUGCUUUCUGUAUGAUCAAAUAUAUAUAUUGUAAAAAUAACAUAAAUAAAUGCUGAUGUAGGCCUAUGAUUCUUACUGCCAAUAUGUCAAAGCUCCACUAUCGUCAUGUACUGUUGAUAAAGUUAGGUGCUGUUUUGAGUGUAAUUUAUGGCUAUAGAGUGGUGUUUUGGUUGAGGUUUAUGUGUGGCUCCUGAGACCGCUGUGUAUUGCUAUUGUGCGGUUGUUACUCAAGUUGGUAUAACUAGACAAGCAAGUGGUCGGCAACAUUCAUCUCUCGAGGGGGGGUGUCUAACUCGGUGUUAGACACGCCAGAAUAUCCCUUUAAGCUUCAUAAACUCAAUUUGAGUCAGACAAGGAGUCAUUCAUUGGUAUUAUUUGUAUGGUUGCAUUGGUGUUGUUUAUGUUAUUACCUAGGCCACACCCUUAAAUGUGUAAAGACAUGUCAGGUGCAUUAAAUUUAUACUGUAGUAGGUGUGUGAAUGAUCAACAAGCAAUAUUUUUGGCAGAAAUAGAGGGCUCCAAAAUCAAAUUUUGCUUAGGGCCCCAUUGAGGCUUGGGGCUCUGUCUCUGUCUGUUUGUGAAACAUGUCCUCACAUAGUUUUGCACUCCUCCCACCUAGUUCCUCUGCCCUGGGAACCAGCGGCCUAUAACUACACAAAAAUCCAAUCAAGUUAUUUACUCAUCCAUCUGCAAUUAUAUAAUCAAGCACUUAAUAACUUUAAGCGGUUGUGUGCAGAGACUAUCACAGGGUCAGAGGUGAGAGUUAAUGAGAGGCACCUCUUCUGUGUGCGGAGCAAGGGUCAACAUUUAUAGGUCCCACUGCAGGACAGGUACUUGCGCUGAACACAGAGGCACUUCAGGGGGCAUGUAGAUCACAUUAGAGUCUUUUUGGGUAGAUAUGGAGGCAGAAGUGAAAUAUUGGACAUUUUAAUGAUCAUCAUUAAUAAAUAGAAGCUUCAGAAUAGUCAUAUGAAUUUGUUCUCUUAUUAAAUGAACAUAAACACAAUAUCAGGCCUGAACUUGAAGGCAUCCAGAAGAAACUUGAACUUGAGCGAAGUAGACAAAACUAAGACACUGCGCCUUUAAGAAGCCCCCACCGUCGCACAACAGGGGGGGCGUGAGCUGAAUCCAGGAACAGCGAUUGAAAAAAAAAAAAAAAAAAAAAAAAAAAAAAGCUCCACCAGUGGACUGUUUCAAGUUCCCCCCGGCUGAAACCCUGCCUGAUUUGUGGGCAAUGUUGGGGAUGUAGAAAAAAAAAAGGAAACCGGAGCAAGAGAGAGCGCAAGGGAGAAAUAGGGAGACAACACUAACUGGGUAGCUAUGGAGAUAGUAGGUUUUCCUGGUAGCUUUCUUUGACAGGUGUCGAGUGGGAUAACACAAAGUAUCUGAACAGCCUCCAAGAUGUACGGCAAGGGUAAAGGAGCCGUGGUGCCCUCGGAUAGCCAAGCAAGAGAAAAGUAAGUAGAUUAUUGCACUGUCACAACAUAGAAAGGCAGCCAAGAAGAGUGUGCUAGGUUUGUAGCUUGAAGUUGCUAACUGAUGCGAGGCGGCUCACUCACUUCAGCACGGACCACGCAUGUUGUGCAAGCUGUUUAUUACGAACAUGCAAAGCCCCUAAAAGUGAUGCUGUUGUAGUUUUGUAUGUUGUGUUUGCCACUUUGUGCGCCGCGUUACAAAAAAACUACACAGGCAUGGCUUGCUAAGUUAGCCAAGAGCUGCUAGCCCCCACUGCCAGAUUCACUCUUUCUUUUCUUGUCUUUAUGCAAAAAACAAGAGGGAGUUAGUAACAAAAAGUUGCAACGCUACUACGAGAGAGAAACGUUGCCGCACGUGUUUUAAGCGAUAAUGCGGAAUAUAAACGCGCGGGGUGGAAUUGUGUAUAAGUGGGUAGAGAGAUGGGGAUCCCACUACACUUCCAUCAUGUUGGGAACAAUGCAUUUGGAGUGACGCUAAAGCAUUGUAGCUAGCUGGCUUUGUGUCGCCUCGCUGAAGCGGUGUGUUAAAAAUAGAAAACAGCUGUUUGGUGGGGCUUUGUCACAGAAUACCGCAAGAACGUGCUCCACGACUUAUCCACCGUACCCAUAAGCGAGAUUGUUUCCCCCCGCACGCGCUGGCUCGCUGGCUGCAUUGUACCCCGAGUGAGUGCGUACGCUCGAGCCAACCGUUACCAGCCUCUCGCGCUGCGCCUCACAACUUUUGUGGCCCGUACAGAUUUGCUUCAGUCAUCCCAACUCGAUCAAAAAAGGUCCAAGAGACGAGCUGUUAAGAAACUAACAGCACUACUUUCUUUCUUUUAAGUGAAUUCGGGUGUUUUUUAAGAGGCUUGUUCUGUCAGGAAGCUUAGGUGGCGUUAGCUUGGGGGAGCUGUAGCCUCCAAUCCCUUUGUCUGCAUGCCUCCGUCUCGCUGCCUGUUGUUCGCCCAGGAGAUAACGUGCCGCACAUUUACCAACACUUAAAUAACCUGCAGCGAAUUCAAAGUCAUUGUACGAACGUCUUUGCACCAUAUUUAUGUAAAAGAGAGGCCAGUUUAGCUGCAACUUCCUCUACAACCAUGCAAACCUGUGUUAUCAUGAACUUUGUCAGAUGUAAGGUCUUAGUAGUUAGAAAAAUGAGACUUUUUAUUGUAUCUUUUUAGUUUGAAUCGGUUUGUAAGAGGCAAAUUCAGUUGUAAGUGGUUUAUAUUUUAUUUACUAUCUGUAAUAUGGGAUAACAAGCAGUCAUAAGACACCCAGAGGGUGGGAAUAACCUGCAGCGAAUUCAGACCAGCUGAAAUAGUCAUUCUACCAACUUCUUUGCAUCAUAUUUUGUAAAAGAGAGGCCAGUUUUAGCUCUAAGUUCCUCUACUACCAUGCAAACCUGUGUUAUCUUGAACAUUGUCAGAUGUAAGGUUGAACAAGUUAGGACAAUUUGACUUUUUACUGUAUCUUUUUAGUUUGAAUUGGUUUGUUAGCGGCAAAUUCAGAUUUUAAGUGGUUUAUAUUUCAAUUUACUAUCUAUAUUAUGGGUUAAUAAGCAGGUGUGAGACUCCUAAUAGGUUGGAAUAACCUGCAGUGAAUUCAGACCAGCUGAAAUAGUCAUUCUACCGACUUUUUCAUCAUUUCUGUAAAAGAGAGGCUAGUUUUAGCUGUUACUUCCUCUGCUACCAUGCAAACCUGUGUUAUCAUCAACUUUGUCAGAUGUAAGGUUGUACUAGGUGGAGAAAUGUUCAUCAAAAUUGACUUUUAUUUCCUUUUACUGUAUCUUUUUAGUUUGAAUCAGUCUUAAAUACAGGUUUGUUAGCAAAUUCAGAUGUAAGUGGUUUAUAUUUCAAUUUACUAUCUAUAUUAUGGGUUAAUAAGCAGGUGUGAGACUCCUAAUAGGUUGGAAUAACCUGCAGUGAAUUCAGACCAGCUGAAAUAGUCAUUCUACCGACUUUUUCAUCAUUUCUGUAAAAGAGAGGCUAGUUUUAGCUGUUACUUCCUCUGCUACCAUGCAAACCUGUGUUAUCAUCAACUUUGUCAGAUGUAAGGUUGUACUAGGUGGAGAAAUGUUCAUCAAAAUUGACUUUUAUUUCCUUUUACUGUAUCUUUUUAGUUUGAAUCAGUCUUAAAUACAGGUUUGUUAGCAAAUUCAGAUGUAAGUGGUUUAUAUUUCAGUUUACUAUCUGUAAUAUGGGAUAAUAAGCAGGCGUGAGACUCCUAAUGGGUUGGAAUAACCUGCAGCGAAUUCAGACCAGCUGAAAAAGUCAUUUUACCAACUUUUUUGCACCAUAUUUUGUAAAAGAGAGGCCAGUUUUAUCUGUCACUUCUUCUACUACCAUGCAAACCUGUGUUAUCAUGAACUUUGUCAGAUGUAAGAUUGUAGAAGUGAGAAAAAAAUGACUUUAUUUUGUUUUUACUGUAUGUUUUUAGUUUGAAUUGGUUUUAAAAAAUAGGUUUGUUAGAGGCAAAUUCAGAUUUUAAUUCAAUUUACUUUCUCUAAUAAAGAAUAAAAGGCAGGUGUGAGACUCCCAAAGGGCCAGGAUAACUAUGUUGGACAUGCGUCACUCUUAAGUGUUUUUUCUGGUCCAUAACAUUAAAAAGAACAAGACAGUCAUUGUCAGUAGGCUUUUAUUAAACUUAUUCUCAUCUCGAGUGUAUUUCACAGUGUCUGUGACGGUAUUCUCCUUCAUUAAAACCUGGAUGUGACUGGUUUGAAGCCCUGUAGUGUUUCAGUAUUAGUUCCUAUUAAAGUAACUGUAUUACCUAACAGGUGCUGCUUUAUUCCUCAAACUGGAAGAGCUUUAAACACCAGCCAAAGCUCACUCCCUGCCGCCUGGACCAGUCAGCACAUUGGGCCGCUGAAGUGGGACAGAGUUGUCAGACUCUUGUGAAUGUUUGCGUGAAGAUCAGCACGCGCCUCAUUACCUCCGAGCCCACACCUCUUUUCUCUGUUGUUGCGAUGAACCCCGUACUCUUCAUCCCUUCUUUAUGCAUCGCUCUUUCGGUGUCUUUCUUCAUCUGCCUCCUGACUCUCACUUCCCAUCCUCUCCAAGUCCUCAUCCCUCGCUUCACUGUUGAAUUAUUGAGACAGACUGAAGCAGCUGCUCUCAGCUUUGCGUCAGAGUUGAGAGAGACAGAAGAGGAAAGAAAAGAGACAUGAAGAGAGAGAGAGAGAGAGAGAGAGAUGGUGGGCAGACUCAUCCAUGUUUAAAGACGGGGGUUUUGUCGGGCAGCCUCGGGCAGGAUGUCAGGUGUGCCGGUGGUGCACAUGAGGGAGAUUUUCUCACCCUAUGGGAGCAAAUGUAUGCACGCACCAAUGUCCCAUCUUGAAACAUAAGAGGAGGAGAGAGUAGGGUCAGGAGGUCACCGCACAGGGCGUGAUGGUGGAAGAAAAUAUAUUUCCAGGAUGAGAGAGGAAAGGAAAAAGUGCAUAAAUCAAAGCCAGUGGUAAAACUUUGCUGUCACAGGGCUUUAUGACUAAGAAAACUUGGGCAUGAGGGUUACUGGAAGGAAGCAUUUAGAUUUUUUAAUGUUUUCUUGCGUUCUUCUUCUCCUCCCAAUCAUGACUUAACCGCCCCCCUUCCUCCACUUACUUGUUUUCAUUAAAAAUUGGGACAUGCACCUUCUCCUGUUCCAGACAAAACAUGCAUCCGUCUUCUCCUUCUCCUUCACUUUGCUCUAUCUUCUCCCUCUUCUUCUUCUCCUCCUCCUCCUCCAGCUCAAAAUUCCCUUCCUUUUCUCUGCGAGCUAGCUUCUGAGCUUUAAUAAUGCAGCAGGCCAGGUGCACGCACACGCAGCCCCUUUUGCAACCCACACAAAAAGACACAUACACACACCACACAUAAAAAUUUCAUUGAGGGCCUCUUGAGGGGGGGAUCUGCUGUGUGAUCCUCCUAUCAUCCCUAGACAUACGACCAAGUCCUCAACUAUUCCCUUCUAGUCAAACUCCUAUAAGAGGCUGCACAUGUGUUCAGCGAGCGGUUUAACCUGCGCUAACAGAUGGAUGUGAACAGCAUCGGUAUUUGCGGCUCUAGUUUUCUUCGUUCUGAACUCUCGUGAUGUGAGCCCGAACUGUUGAAAUCAGCACACACACUCUCGGUAAGAACAGGUGUAGAAGCGCAGAGGUUAAACCCGUGUGUGGCGUGACCUGCGAGCGGCUGUGACUUACACUCUACACCAGCGGUCACCGAGAGCUUUGUGACCUACAAAUUGGUAGGAGCCUCCGAAAGUGGUCAGAUUCCCCUGGCUAAAGUGGUCAAGUGUGUGUAUGUGUGUGUGUUUGUUUGUGUGUCAGCAGUACUGCAGUCUUAAGUCUCUUAAGAGCCCAGGCCAUUUGAACAACAGGCGAUCUGUCCCUCUGUCUGUGCUGAAUUAAGCAUGUGAAUACAGCCGGGAUGCGUUACCGCUGCGAGUUAGAUAGUAUUGGCCAGUGUAAACGACCUCUGGAAGUUUUGAAUUUCUGAUCCACUCCGCCUUCGUCCGUUCAUCUGGAUGUCUCCUCGCUCAUGUCUGUCUUCUUAUCUUGGUGGCUAUCUGCAAGAGGGGGAACACCCUCAGCUAUUUAUUACCUUCAGAGCAGGACAGCCUGCUGCAUGCGCUGCACUCUGAAUCUAUGAUCACUUUUAAGGUCCUUACAUACCAAGGCCGACACAAAUAUAGAACUCGAAAAUUACGAAAUAUUCGGAGGAGAAUUUUGAUGCGCCUGACACAUCAAGCCCAAUGCGAUUUUGCGACUUUCUGGGGGGAAAAAGACGCGUCCCGGGUGAAAGUGAGAAGCCUGACACAGUACCAGACUGAGUGUUUUUCAGUUCUGAUUAGACACUAGUGUUGAGAUGUCUGUCUGUCAUGAUAGCAUGUACUGAGUCGGGGUCAGUACCAGAUAAGCACAUUAAACUAUAAUCCAUAAAUGUAAGGUAACAACCGAGACCUAAUGGUGCUGUGACAGCAACGCGAUUGAGUUUGAGACAGUGAAAAUACAUAUGGUAUGUUGUAUCAGAACAGGUUAGCUUAAGAGCUAAAGUUACUUAGCACAGAUGAAAGUUAAAACAAAGACGUUUAGCAAAUUGUUAAAGCACACAAACCAUCGUCAUAUGAGAAAUCCGACGCUUUGACUCUCCACAAGUCGUCCUUCAGGUCGUUAUCUUUGGAAUAUUUGUGUUUUUUAUCAAAAACACUCUGUUCUCCAACAUGUAAACAAUUAGCUGGUCGGCCAUGUUGGAUAUACCGGUGAAGCAAAUGUUGCAACAACACGAAAUCUGAUUGGUCAGAAGUGGACACCAGUGUUGUUUUCGCUGAUGCCGACGGAAACAUUUGGUCAAUGCCCCUUAUUUUCCACGAUGAAGACGUGACGUUGACGAGCUAAACAUAAGUCUUAGAUGACUAAAAUGUGACGAGACAAAUGUGCGUUUACGUUUACGUUGACGAGACGAGACUAGGUGUUAGUGGUGGACGACGAACAUAGUUGCAAAAUUCAUGAGCAUUUCGUCAGUCAAACGCCAAACAUAUAGGAGCAGCUUCAGUCCGUUCUGACAGCUGUCAUCAGCCCACUGUGCUCCUCCAACACACACACAGACACUCGCUGACGAAAUAUUUUCGUCAUCGUCAAUGAAAACAACACUGGUGGACACACAGUAUGCGAAACUUUAGAAAAAUCGACCAUGAUAUGAAAAAAUAAAUGCCGCAAUAUCGCAGGACGGGAAAACGUCGCUGAUGUGAACGCUUGUAUUGCCAGGAUGCAGGUUCGAAAAAAAUAUUGACAUCAGAAAUAAUUGCACAGUCCCGGUGUGAAAGGACCUUUAUUCACAAGCUGCAGGUCAACUUAAUGCAUGUUCAACCCGUGAUUGACCCUUUCAUGGUGUAAAACUCAUGUCACGCUUUAAUCGGAGGCUGGCAUUGUUCUCCUCGCCUGUCUGCAGCUGUGGCUUAGGAAAUGUUACAGCUCCACUCUAGAAGUGUGAAGACUUUCAUUAAAUUAAUACCAAGCAAAGUUUCUCUUCUGAACUCUCAUUUCCACUCAUUACUUCUGAUGUUUUAAAAUGAUUUCCAAACAGACGCCAGUUUCAGCUCCCAAAAAACUUCAAUUAAUUCCUCCUGCUGCAACAAAACGCCUCACCACGCAGCAUGUUGCACUGUUCUGCCAGUAUGGAGAAGUUACGGCUUUCACUUGCAGCUAUCUUUUUAAAAGCGGGGAUGCACAGAUUUUAUUACCCCGCUGCUGAUUCAGAGAAGAGGCUUUUUAUUGGGCAGAAGGAGUCACCUGUUGGACAAACUCUGUUCUCUUUUCAUCGCCUAAUGUGAGAGAAAAUGUCGGCGGUGUGGCACAGUCUCUGAGGAAGAUCAGCAACUUGUAGUUUGAAGGACAUGUUUCAAAGACGUUUCAAGAGGAAGGACUUGGAUACAUGAAAUCUCACAGCUCAUGUAAAAAGCAGACGGAUACAAAGAAAGAAACGUUAAAAAAAAACUCCAGAUAAACUUUAAAAUGAUUUAAAAAAACAAUCCCUGCUUUGCUUUUUAGGCAGAGAUGUGUCAAGCAAGUCUACCCCACACAUAUUCCUUGAUUUUAUUUGUUCGUGUCGUGUUUUAGUCAUCAUGACUGACAGCCACACUCGGUCCUAAAAUAAAUCUUAGUGACUUACUGUCCAUCACAUCCACGCACAGUUUAUGGGACUUUUUAACAGCUCUGUUCCUUUUGCUCUGUAUUCUGAUUGUAUUCACUGCCGUUGCCGGUUCGUGUGAGACGUGAAUUAUUAGCUUUGUCAUACCUCCUAUCUAUCAACACAAUCAGCGUUGGUGUGUACUUGUUACGCUGAGAACAAGAUUUCUGUGACAUAAAGCAGAACUUUUUGUCCUUUUGUAUUAAGUUCUUUUUUUCUAUGUCGAAAUAUGUUGCAUCAUAUGCUCCUUAAGGUGCAUGUAUAUAUAUAUAUAUGUGCCAGCUGUCGUCCCUUCUGCUCUAAAGAUGUUUGAAAAUGUCUCCUGACUGUGCUGCGUCUCCUUGAAGGACAAGGUGUGAUCAUGUUGCAACCGCCGUCUUCAGCCUACCCUACCGUUAUCAUCUAUUUGCUUAUUCAUACCUCAACAGACUACAUUUGCAUACUAACAAUGCAUAUUUCAGGCGUUUGCAUAACAUUAGUAGUAAGGCCAGGUCAGGCACAGAUCCUGACUACAUCGUAACACAACGCAUUAGUUGUUGUCUCCUCUGCUGCUCCCAUGUGCAGCUUAAUUCAAAGUAUUCAGCAGAAAUAGAAGCUAAAUGAGUGAAUUAUAGCCUUGAAGAAAGAGUCUUAACAUCCCCCCAGUGAACAUUUAUUUGCUGCUUUUAUAUAUAGGUACACACACUCAAGUUUUCAGUAGUAGUAUUAGAUUAAAGCCUGUAUGCAAUAAUGAAAACCAGCAUUUACUGAAGCAGUCCAGCUUCCCUAAAUAGAAACUGUUUGGUCUGUAUUAAAAUAAUCUGGGUGCUUGUCUUUUGCUUUUAUUCUGUGAUAUUUUACAAAGAAAAAUGAAACAAAAACAAAAUACAUUUUUAGAAAAUAAAUGGUGUUGGAGCAACUGCAUCAGGUUUAUACCUAGAAAAUGUAUCUUCAAAUAAAUAAAAAUAGCUGGUUUCCCAAUCUAUACCAGUCCCACCAUUGUUUUGUUUUUGGUAGCGAUGAUACCAAAAGUCCCGCCCCUUCUUCACUUUGAUUGGUUGGUGAUUGAGAAGUGGCAUGGCACUGUAUCUUUACUAGGGCCGUUUGAGACUAAUCGGUAAUUGGCCAAAACUCGCCGAAUUUCGCAGAUAUUUUCAGAAAUAAAAUGCGGACAAUGCGGACCCAAAAAAUCCAUAUCAGUCAGGCCCUAAUCUUUACAGUCAGAGGCAUCGUUACGCUGAGUAUCUAAAGUGCCGAAAACACCAAAUUGCAUUUGUUUUGUUUGGAAAACAGAAAAUGAACUUGGACUUCUCAUUACCCAAAGCGCUGUGAUAUGACUCUCCACAUUCACCCAUUCACACCUCAUUCAUACACUCAUGCAGGAGGAUGAUUUUGAAGGGGACCAGACCGAGUUAUCAACUAAACCCCAAAUACUGUUGACUAAACGGGAGAAACUUUGGCUUCAGCCUUCUGAAUGAAGGAUGACUAACUUUACCACUGACCCUGCCCACUUUGAUAUGGGUGCUUCCAGGGGAAACCCUCAAAAUAGCCUUCUCUCUCCUGCUUUUUUGCUCAUGAGUAUAACUUUUGUAGUAUGAAUUUGGCCUUUUUUUUUUUUUCCUUGAAUGUAAGAAAUCUUUUGAAAAUGCCCAUCACAAUAUGUCUCACUUACACUGUUUGCAUAACCCUCUAAAUCCCUUAGACCUAAGAUUACAUGUAAUUUAACUUUGAAAUCAACUUUGUUUCAGAGUUCCUGUUUGAGUGUGUGUUUUACCCAGAGAAGCUGUAGUACUCCGGUCAGAGGCACUCUGUGGUUUUUAUACAGUAGCUAAGCAUGAUAAUGGAAUAAUCGCUGCUUAUAUAAAGAAAAACUUUCAUGCAAAGUUUCAGAGCAGCGUCCAGAACUAACCUUUCUAAUUUCUUUAAAAUACAUUGAUAAAUGAAGCUUGUCAGACCGCCUAUCCAAACUGCAGUAAUUCAAACAUACGUCAACCCCGAAAUGCUUAAAAAGACAUCACAGUCAGCCACACGUUCAGCCACAGAGAGCACUGGAAAACCAAAUUAGCGGCUUGUGCUUUAAAAAAAUAGAUGCACAACAGCUUUAUCAUCCUAAAAACCCUGUUUCAUUGAUCAGUUCAUUGACUAAAAUUGGACAGUGACACUGAGCUACUGUCCCCCUCAUUAGGACCUUAUUGGCCUGUCAGAGGGCUGUCUGCUCUGGGCACAUGGGCCACUGUCAUAUCCACACUGCCGGUCGAUUGAUGGUCCAUUAACAGCCUAUUAAACACGACUAAGUGAAGGCGUUAGAGUACAAUGUUGGGCCGAUGGGGGUUUCCUGCUCCACAGCAUGGUUCUUGUGUGUGUUAAUAGAUCCUGGUGGAUUGCUGUUAUCAAGUAUAAUAGCAGUGAUUUAUUUAAAAAAAGAAAAAAAAAGUCUGUCGAGGGCUUUUAAAAAUAUCGUAGGAAUUGGCGAAGAAUCCUUUUGUAUGCAGAUCUUUCUGUCAGUAUCUGGCAUGUUCAGUUCGAAGAGGAAUUUUUCAUUCUAGUGGCUCAGCAGGUGUUUUUUAAGCUUCAGGUAGGAUAAGAGGACUGUGGGUGCUCAGGGCUUUGUGAGAUGCCGAGUGGAAAACUGCACAGGCUACAGAUGUGCCGCUGAGAUGACUUUGCACCUUUUGAUCUUGAGAAAAUUUCAAUCUGAGCUUUAUUUACAUUUUAAACAUGUGAAUCUGGAGCCGGUUGAAGUUCCUCGAUAAUCACUGCACCUGAGAUCAAACCUAAAAACUCAUUAGACUCUGACAAAGUGAAGGUUGAUGGGUGCUAAACACAGGUCUUAGGAGUUCAUUUAAGCUGCAGGUAAUGUAGUUAAUUGGAGUCAUUGUUUAUGUGGCAGAUAUACAGCUUAUGUCGCUAUUCAUCGAGAAUGAAAACCAAGUUUAUUUCAUUCCAUUAUUUGAUCUAAUAAGAUUUUUCCCUCUUCAAAAAAACAGAAAAAAUCCUUCAUUUGUCCUCUGUACUUUUGUUACCUGAUUCUGUUUUCAGUCACUUCUGGCAUGUCUUUCUUUUUCUUCUUCAAGAAUCCAUUCAAACAUUUUUAAAGAACAGAGUGACUCUGUUGUUAUUUUAAUAAAAAACCUUGAUGACACUUCUUUAUUCAUGGCUCUUUCUUUAAUACCUGAUCCUUACAAGUUCUUAGAUACGAGAGAAGUAUGCAUAAAAGAACGACAAGAACCUUAAAAUGAAAACGGUCUCGACUGAUAGCUCAAGAGGACUGUAAAUGUGUGGGAUUAUCUGUUUAAAAAUACCUCUUUCAGGUCGUCAUUUGACUGUUCACUUUAAGUGUGUUUGCUCGCAAAUGAAGUCGGACACCCAGAGACUUCUUGGGAGAAUUAAAGGGCAGUUUCGUGUAGUUUUUACCUGGAUAUCUGUGCUAAAUGUAGUCAGUUGAAGAAAGAAGUACUUACGGUUGGCAAACAGUGCCUACAUGUACCAGGAUGCACCAGGACAGAACCCUCACUCCGCUCAUUUGUGUUGCUUUAUCCUUGUUUGUCAACUUGAUACCACCAAAUGUUCGAGACUGCAAAACGUGUACAUAUAUGCGAGUUUCAUUGUUGCAUAGCCAGUCCUUUAGAGUAAAAGAUAGGCUUGAGUAGUUCUGAGUCAUCAUCUAUAGUGAAUUGUGACACUGUUGGCUUAAGGAAUGUCCAAUUGUUCAACCACACUGGGUAGGGCUGAGCGAUAAAGCAAAAAUUUACAGAUACCGUAAUUCAGGUCAAUAACCGACGUCAUUUUGCUCAUGUCAGUAUAUUCAGUGUCAGAAAAAUGAAUAAAUAAAAGUUGGUUUUGGAUGUGUGUAGGUAGGCUAUGGUCUCAUGUCCCUUUUAAGACGCUGUUCUACGUCAUAGACGUGACUCCACCUCAUCCAGUCCGUAACAAAGAAGGAAAGACAGAUGAGGAGAUGGAGGACGGUUCAAAAGUUGUAGACAAAGUUAAUGUUCGAGGGGGUUAGCAGCUUGUGGAGUAGUUAUCGUCUAUUUAUCGUUAUUGAGGUGAACCGCUCAAUAUAUUGUGAUAUUGAUUUAAGGUCAUAUCGCCCAGCCCUAACCCUGGGAUAUAAUAACCAAGUGGACACCAUCUGUGUCAGCCGGCAUGUUUUCUACUUUGUUAUGAGGUUGUCAAAUUAUCGAAACCUCAGUAAUUUAAAUAAACCAGGUGCUUAAAAACAAUACAUGUUAUUGUUACGUUUGACAUCAAAAACAGAGAGCGUUGGUGGUAAAUAGAGUGUAUAAACAUAACUGUGACACUGUCAUGAACUACCGUAACAUUUAGAAUAUAGGUCCCACUGGAAUAAGAGAUGCAGUCCGUUUUUGGGUAGUGUGCAGUUUCUGUGCAGAUGUGCAGGUCUUUCAAACUAUCUGUUUUCAGUCAUUUGUAUGUUACUUCAGCUUUUGGGAGCAUUGAUAGUUGUAGGGUGUUUGCUCAUGACCGAUGCAAAGAAACACCAGAAAAGAUUGUAGGUUAUAUGAUGAGUCUUAAAAAAUCAAAUUGGAGUUUAUUCACUCGGUAGUAUCCCCCUGUUGUACCCCUGCUAUGUACACAGCCUACUUUAGGGCAUUUAUGUAGUUACUUGCCACAUUUAGUGCUGUAAAAUAAACGUCUUUUGCUUCUUAGAUGACAAAUAAGGUAUUAAAAGUGUGUCUUAUACACCAGAUUUGACAGUAAGUGCAUCAGAUCUAGUUUAAAGAUGAGCCAAAUUUUCCUGAAAAAGUGUAUGUCCUUGGUUUCAUUCGUCUUGAGUGAUACUGAAGCUGAAUUUGGUCACUGACGCCUGUUUUCCUUUGUGUUCCAGGUUAGCGUUAUACGUGUACGAGUACCUGCUACAUGUGGGAGCACAGAAGUCCGCACAGACCUUCCUGUCUGAGGUAAGAAAGCAUCCUGACUCCAUCCAGUUUGUUGCUUAUUAAAUGUUUAUCUAGAGUCAACAGACGAGAUAAAGAACUGAUGAAAAAACUUAAGCAAAGACGCCAAACACGUAUCACACGGGCCCUGGAUGACUCGUGAAUGUAGAGCAGCUAAACUGUGAUUGUACUUUAACUCUGGUGAUACAGUAGUGGACGUCUCGAACAGCUUGUAUCAUCAGCGCAAACAUGCUAAACAUGAUGACAGGGCGUAAGGCGCCGCAUCAAUUUUUCAAAGGGGAAAUAUGAGAAAGUUACAGCAGAUCACGCUCACUGUCUGCCGUGUAAAAACAACCGAUGCGGCGUGAAAACAAAGUGUUGUCGUCAUACCUGCACAACCCCAGGCCUCCAAACAGCCCGUUCAGUUUCAGACAGGCUAAAGAUAGUGUGUGUGUGUGUGUGAUCGAGCUAUUUUUCUCGAUUCAAACACACUUCAGAUGUAGAAAACAGUUCAGAUACGUGACAGAAGGAUAUGAGUCAGGAUGAUGGAGAUUGACAGAGCCGGGGAGAUGCCUAUCUUCACGUCCGAGGCCAUUGACGGUUGGAGACGCACUGAUUAUAUGUUCUUAACCUCUGGACCUGCGGACAUAAUCCUCUCUCUCUAGUGGCUGUAAGUGACUUCUUCCUCUCUCGCUCUCUCUCUCUCUCACACACUCUCUUGUCUCCUUCAGAUUCGAUGGGAGAAGAAUAUUACAUUAGGGGAGCCUCCCGGAUUCCUGCAUUCGUGGUGGUGGUGAGUGUCACUUGGAUUGUUUUUCUUUUUUCUUGAGUGUUUGGUUGAAGAAGAUGAUCGGAUAUUUGGGCGCUAACAUUUUCACCACGUCCCAAAUGUUACUUGACAGCAGCCGCACUGACGAGGCUGCCUGCAGUGUCUGCGGACAUUAUUUGAUUAUUUUUGUAGCAGCCCCUGUGGGUUAUUUAAAAAAUGCUACGAAUUGGCCUGAUCAGUCUACCUCCACAUAGAGCUGUGCAGUAGGAGGAGGAGUUUAGAAGAGUUUGGGACAGACAGACCAUCUCGACAGAAUUGAGAGCCACAGCUGGAUUAUUUGAUUUACAGUCAAAUAAACUCCACAUUCAAGCGCCGUUGCUGGUUUUCGACUUCAUUCCUGAUUAAAAAUGACUACCGUAGGUGUGGGUCUCAGCCUUGGGGUUGACCAGCCUCACAGAGGGCGUGACCCCUCCCUCCCCGUCUUUUCCCCCCUCCCCUAUCCCUCCAUCCCUCACCCCCCCUGUUCCUGAAACAAUGGAUCCAGAUGGUUAGGGAAUGGACCCCCACCCUACCUUCUAUUCUCCCCUCCCCCCUUGCUCACCCCCUCGUCACCCCUUUGUGUGCCCCCCACCUCCCACUUUUCUCCUUUGUUCAUGCGGGAGAGGGAUUCUUAGCAGAUUAACCCUUCGCAUUCCAUCUUCCUUUGUGCCACCUCUCCAUCCGCUGUCUUCCUCCUCCCCCCUUCCUCCUGUCAUUUCUGCCCCCUGGCUAAGAUUUGACCUUUGGGGUCGUCACCUUAAGUCCCGAUCAGGAGGUUUCACUUGUUUACACUCUCGGUGUUUCCUGUUAAACCCAAACUCACCCUUACCUGGAGGAAACAAUUUGAUUCAACGACAUAGCGUCUUUAAAAGAAGUGCCGCAGACCAGGAAGAUAGCGGUAAACUCUGCUAAGGUGAAUGUUGUUUUUACACACCUUUUUGUGGGUCAACGACACUGUAGUGGUGCACAUGUGAGGGCAGAGUUUGUGGAUAUUGCUGUCUGUCCCUGUAUGAGGUCGAACCGAGUAGGGAUCAGUCCACGUCUGUAUGGGAGCUUAGUUACAGCCCCUCUCAAAUAUGACCUCUAAGAUAAAUUGAGGACAUUUUGGUCUUGACAUUUUCAAGAACUGCCCAUUACGCAAAUAACUCAUCGCAGAUAGGACAUGUGACUCUGUUAAGAUAAGGUAAAGGGGGACCUUUAUAGAACUUUUAAGAGGAGGAGUCUUCAGUUAUAGUGACCGUUUCAGUUCAACAUGUCUAAAGAUGUUUUUGCAACACAAACCAAACAGUCACACACAAAAUAACGACGAUUUAGUCGAGUUUUAAAGAGUGUAUACUGUGCUGUGUUCACACAUUCGCUUACUAGACUCAAGCAGACUUUCUAUAAAAGGGCGUGACUUGUAAAAGUCUGUGUUAAGUCAGGCUGAACGGUUUCAGAUGUUUGAGUUUACACAUGCAACCCACUUGGAUGAUGUUGGGAAAAUGUCAGGAUUUUAAUGCUUGUCCUGUUCUUCUUAAAGGUGAAUUUAAGAUUUGUGCUAUCAUGUUUAACGCGCUGUAUUACUUUGGAUUCAAAUAUUGACAUUCGCCGCUAGAGGUAACAAUGUCAUAAGUCAGGAAGUUGUAUCAAACUUUGUCACACCCAUAGUUAGCACUGUAUAACCAGUGAGUUAUUAAGUAGGAGACUAUUUUCAUUUGAUUCAAAUAAGGAAAUACUGUUACUAAAUGAGACUGUACCGCUCUAAAUGAUGGUCAAAACUCGGAUGAAUCGCGCUUAAAUGCUCUUGUUUGUGGCUUCAUCAUGUAAAUUCACAACGAUAGCUCCUGUUUCUCCAGAAGAUUACAUCACCACUCCAAAACUGUGCCAGUGGAUUCAUUACAGAUUCACUGUGUUGCUGAAGGACACCGCACUGAGUUUAGUUCUGUACAUAUUACAAAGGAGUGCCGUGGAUGUGAAAUUACAGACUUGUAAAUACACCCUUAAAUGCUCUUAAAAAGUACAAUAUCCCGUCUAACUUUUCACCUCGGGGGCUGCUUCUGCUGAGUCAGGGUAAUGAACGUCAGGCUGGGAAAGCACCAUCAGCAAUAUUAGACCAAGGGCAUGUUUUAAUAAAAAGAAAAUGAAUGAACAGAAUAGUAAUUUCUGAAGCGUGAGUAAAACGAGAGAACAAGUUAAAUCUCCUGCUCAGAUAUGGACCUAAAUUUAUAACAUCACACACGCUGGGUUUUUUAAUACAGCACAAUGCAUACAAGAAACUAUUUAUAGAAGAACAAGAAGUCUGAUGGCUGUGGGUACAAAAUAGGGGUAGGAGUUAAAAAUGGAUACAGCAUCUUAUCGUGAUAUUUUGUCUCGUGAUGUUUCUUAUCGUCUCACUUACCAAGUAUCGCUUUUUUUUAAAUUAAUUGCUAAUGUGAAGUCAAAUCUAUGAUACUGGAAACAGAAAAUCAACUGUUUGUCCAGUGAGGUUGGCAGAGGUGACAUCAUAGAGCAGCAGAAAGUUGGUACAACAAAUAUAGCAAGACAUUAGGAAUGCAAGCAGGGCACAAAUGAGAUGGACCUGACACAUAAGGUUUGCAAGAUGUGCUACAUGACAAUAAAAUUCUGUGUAAAUAAGACAAACAUAAAGGGAAGACGAAUGCUAAAUUAGCUAAACAGUUGAAAAAAAUUCUCUAAAGCGCAAUGUAUUGUAUCGUGGCCCAAGUAUCGUGAUCAUAUCGUAUCCUGGGGCCACUGGUGAUUCACACUCCAGGUACAAAAGAUCUUCAAUUUUCUACCUUCCUCAUUCUGCAUCUUUUCACCUUAUCCUAGCAACAGUAUCAUGGAGAACGUCACACAGAACUUCAGCUGUUGCCUUGGGUGGGAUGUAUACAAGUAUUGUAUCAGUAUUGUUAUGAUAUGACUAAACUCCCUUGCAACAUCAUACUGCCAAAGGGUAACUGCCAACAGAUCAAUAUCUGGACAACACAACUUCUUCUUGACAGUUGUACAAGUUAUAAGCUCAUCGUAAUGGAGUGCAGAUAUUUCUCUGACUUCUUAGGGACAGGCGAACCAGUCAUGGUUUCAGGCAGGAGACAGUUUCUUCAUGUGUUCAUACUAGAGCUCAAGUUUAUUAGUUCAUCCUGGGAUUUGACUCGGCCUGGUGCAUGAAAAAUUCCAGAUGUUUGGGUUUCGACACAUGGAGCUUAGCAGAUUGCAUGUGACGAUACUUGCGAAGCCCCCUCGUUUGCAGCGUUUCUAUUUCAGUCAGCUUCAAUGCACUGAAUCAAUGCACACAGGACUAUUUAGACAGGCAGUUAAGUUAGAGGUUAGAUGUCUGAGUCACAGGUCUCAAAUAGACUGAAACAGAAGCGUGUGUUAAAUUAGUCCGUACAGUAUAUAUAUGCGUGUGUGUGUCAGCUGUAGUUAUUUGUUGAAAAGCAGAAAUCAUAAGCAGAUUUACUUCUAUUUCGCAGUCAUGACUCCUCCAAGAGCGCAUCCUCAAGCUGGAGUGAGAGUGCUUACAUUCAUCCUUAUAGCAAAAGUUCAGAAAUAGAUACAGGCCGGGCAAGUAUGUAUACAGAAGUGUGUGUGAGUGUGGAUGUGUUUUGAGUGAGUGCGGGGUUGAUUGAGGGGGGCGUUGUGUCUGGCAUUGUGUCCCUCUCACAGUGACGCUCGAGUGUGUAAGAGGCAGUUUAAGAGCGCCAGGGAGAUAGUGAGAGUGUGUGAAUGGCUUAUGAAUAGCUGUUGUACAUUUGCUUGUAUUGCUCUGUUUGGUAACCUUUAACCUUCCCUUUGUCCCCACCCCCACUCCCAAUCUCCAUUUCAGUGUAUUCUGGGAUUUGUACUGUGCAGCUCCAGACCGAAGGGAGACAUGCGAACACUCCAGCGAGGCUAAGGCCUUCCAUGACUACGUAAGUGUUGGACUGGCUCCACAGCAUCCCUUUUUUCUCCUUUUCAAAGCGUCCUCUUUUCAGCUGUGGAAACAGGUGCGAGUUUGUUUGUCUGUUUGCUUGUUUGUAUGUACACGCUGUACAUACUCUGACACAGAGGUCAAGAGUGUCAAGAGGAACAUGAAGUGGCACUCAUAGUUCGAGGCGGGGGAUAAUGCGGACCGCAACGAUAGAGGCGUUAGAUGAACUGAGCUUCGAACUCUCUCAUGUUUCCUUGAAAACUACAAAUCACAACAGCACCCAUGAUUCUUUGCAUCGCUGUGAAGGAGAGGAAAGUCAGUUUAAUAUGUUGAAUAAUUUGUUAUUUCUCUGGGGAAUAAAAACAAGCUUCAUGGAUGAAAAACAGACCCAUAUGUUGAAGUAAACCGAUUUAAGCUGCAGAUUGUGUUUUCGGUUUUCAGCGCAGCGUUGGUGACACAUGUCACAGAAUUUAAAGCUCUGUGAUUGGAUGUCUCAUCGCACAAUGCACUGUGGGAAUUGUAGUGAAUUUCCCCCUCUGAUAUUUUUAAUGCCCGAGUCUCGAGUCUAAAACCCCUCAGUUUCUCCAGGUGUCAUGGGAGGAAAUCAUGAUCCUAGAGGAUCCACCAAGCUGCUCAGAAUUCCUGGAUGAUAUGUGCCGUAGAGAUCUGAAGAACCUUCGGGACCGCCUGAGUUAGAAAACAGAAAAUUCUCAUGACUGACAUGCUUUGAAUUUAUCCUUCAGAGCAGUUUUUACAAAUGAUUUGAUCGUCAACACUUCAAGAUGAAAUGACUCCUCUCCUCCCCUGCUGCUCUCAGGGAGUCAAAGGUCACAGGUCAGCCAUGAAGCAGCCUUUCUAGAGUUUGUAGGGAUGCAGUGUCUGGAUGGAGGACUCUUGAGCAGGACAGGCUACCCUCGAGGCUGAGGUCCAGAUUUAAUAGCAGUGCCACACAGAAACGCAACAACAGUGUAAAUAAGUGUGUGUCAACACGAAGAAGAGAGACUGUAACUGUAGCCAUUUGUGUGUAAAUGCCGUGUUGUGAUUGACACUGUGCGUCUGUCUUCAGCCUGUCCUCUCUGGCCAAGACAGUGUGGCAUUGUAUAUGUGUGUGUGAGCGUGCGCACGUGUGUGUUUGUGUGUGUGCUGUAUAGUGUGGGGAGAUAAUGGAAUAGAGUUCUAAUCCGGUAAUCCCAGCACUGGGCCGAGGCUAAGCCAGGGAUUUGUGUGUGUGUGUGUAUAUAUGUGUGUGUGUGUGUAUCUUUGGACGAGGGGCAUCUUUGGCAACCAGCCCGUUAAAGCAGGGCGGAGGGGCUCACACCCUCAGCGCCGGAGUGCCAGUUAACCCCGCGAAUGUGUGUGUCUAUAUAAAUCUAAAUGGGUGUGUGCUACAUGGUUGCUUGCUGUCAGUGAUAAAGCGAAGGAGACGGGACUGGUUUAAUUUUGGCUCCAGCCCCCUGAGGCGAGUCUCUGAGCACAGGUCCUUUUCUACGGCUUUCAAAAGGAGGAGACGGUUUGAGACAUCGGAAGAAUAAAAAAAAAAAAACAAUAUUUCACCUCACCUCAAAAGAGUUUCUGUCCUUUGAGGAUAGGAAGAUUGCAAGCCAGCAUUUAACGGGCAUUAUCACAGUUUUCCUCUGCUGAGUGCAGGGACGCAGCGAAGGUUUAUGGGUACAGGAGAGGCUGCUAAUACCUUAUAGGACAACCUGUUAAAUUCAAGAAGGCUUUACAAUAUUAGAUCAACAAAUUUUGCGGUUAUUUAGCUUAUUUCACAUUUUCAUUUGCAUUGUACGAACAAAUAUCUUGUUUCUUAAUUGGUGUGUGUUCAGCUGAAGUUGAGAUUUAGGUGAGGAAAAGAACGGGUGAAAAUCUUUAUAAACAAAGCACGUCUUUACUCUCUGAAGGGUCCUACAUGCAAUUGAUUGUAGUGCACCGCCACGGCUAGAUAAAAGCCACCACACCUAAAAAAAAAAACGUUUUUAUCUCACAUAGUUCUACCUCGGACUUAUAUGUAUCAGCAGUUUUCCCCUACAUUCAUUCACGUGCGCCACUACUGAAGUUUCACAUAAUCAUUAUUAUCAAUGCUCCACAAAUAAUUGUACUCGCACUGUGUGAGCACAACAACACACCACGUUAUUUCCGACUUGUUGUGAGUCAUCAAGGAGCGCAUCAAAUCCUGUCUGACCCUCUCCCGCUAAUGUGAAGGGUUACAUUUAAGCUUAUACACGGUCUGUAUAGGGAGUAGCUUGGAUAAUGUAACAUGAAUGUAACAACGUAGCUCCAUGAGAGGCAAGAGAGUAGGGGUAACAACGACCCCCCAACAAACACACACACCGCCGAAGCUGCAAAAAAAUUCUAGGGAAAACACAGAUAUGAUACUUGAGCUUUAAAGUCACUCAGUUAUCAUCAAUUAUUAGCAUUACAGUAAGUUUGGAAAGACAUCCACUGUGGUCGGUGUUCAAAGUUUUGCCUUUUUGAUUUGAUUUGAUACUCGUCGUUUGCAUUUGACUUGACUCAAAGUAAAACGUUACUUCACGGGACCAACAAGACUCGAUGAAGACAUUUGACUUAUCUUAAAAAUGAGAAUCUGCUUAAUCUUACGUCUCCAAAGAGCCUAAGGUGACGUCGUAAGUUCCCUCUUCUGUCCAGCAGAAUAGAAAUACUCUGCAUGUACCUGUAGAAAUAAUAAAGUAAUAAAUGUAUUUGACACAUUCUCCUUAAAAGUGAUUCAAAUACUACUGAAGCAGUUUGCAAAUAUGACUUCCAUGAACUAUGCACUGCAGCUCAAGUGCAGAGAUGUACAGGCAUGUUCACAGUCUUAGAUCUUCUUCCAGGAGCUCUCUGUCGACCCGCUGAUGUCUUUAAUUUCUUAUUCUUUUAUGAGUCUUGCUCUGAUUUCUACCUACACUGUUGCUCCUCACUCUUUCUCCACACAUCUGCCCACAUUUCACACUUUUCGCACUCUUUCCCCACUCCUCCUUCCCUCCGGUCUGCUCACAUCAUGUUUCCUUGCUGCUUGUGGUUUUUUUUUUUUUCUGCGACACCCCCACAUCUGCAUCUUUCCUCCCCUUUUUGCCUCUAACCGUCUUUAUUAUAUCUCUUCGUCUCUCCCCCGCCCAACACAGCAGCGGUCCGCCCUCCCUGGGCUCACCCUCCUAUCCUCUCCUCUUUUAAACCCCUCUCUCUCUCAUCUGUUUUUCUCUAUCUCCUCCCUGACCCCCUCCUCCCUCUGCUCCUCACCACCAUUACUACCUCUGCUCCCCAGAGAAGAUUGAUUGGCUAAUCUAGCUGUUUACCCACAAUGCCUAGUGGUGCCGAGAAGGAGAGGGCAGUGAAGACACAACCCAGAGACAGUUGAGGUACUCGAAAAUAGAGCUGAGUGGGCAAAUGUCAAAACAGUAAGAAGAGGAAGGAUGGGACUAUUUUUCUUUGGGUUUGAAAUAAAAGGAACUGCUGAAGGAUUUAUAUAAAAUUAGAUGAGGUCUUUAAAGAAGAUACACACAAAUGCAUUUUUCCUCUACAAAACAAGCUCACGGUUGCAUAAAACAAGGGAACAAAGACUUUUAGUGUGCAAUGUUGGGAAUAUCAGCUCUUUUUUAGCUUUUCCUGUUACCUUAAAUGUUCAUAAAAUAUUCAAACCCACACGUGUCGACUGUGGUUAAAAGCUGUCUGUUUUGCUGAAGGUUUGGCAGAAACCAGUGUCUUAACUAACUCCAGCAUAUCCCUUCACCGCGUUUGAUUCGACAUCACGCCUGAUAAACAACCGGCAGACUUAUUUUUCCUCACAUCACUUUAACUUUGAGCACAUUUCUCUGCAAUUAAAUCAAAACAAGCCCUGUUCUUCCAAGAUGGCCUCAGCCCCAAGCUCUGUUUUGUGUCUUCUCUGCCUUCAGCCGUAUCAGUGCGCUGUAGUGGAAAGGAAAAAGUGAAAAGAGCUCCAUUAAACUUGAUAAUUAGGUGGGUGACAGAGUUGGUAAAAACUGCUAUACACGUGUUGCACAGCCUGUAAACACGAGUGAAGACGGGAGCUUCUGAGAUAAUACAAACCUGCAGGAGAGCAGAAUCUGGAGUACAAUUAAUGGAUGUAACAAACAACUAAUUAAUAAAAUAAAUAAUCAGGUUUUCAAUGAAUUCUUGUGCUGAAAUAAACGAGAACACCGAUAAAAACAUGCACUAGUAUUUUUUAAGUAUUUAUGUUUGUUUGUGACAUAUUACCUAGCUGCAUUAAGUACUUGAUUCUGAUUGGUUGGUACUCCAUAGCAACAGUCUGUUAUUUCUCAAUAACACUAUGUUGCUCGGAAGAACACACUGUUGCUAUGGAUACCGCUUUAACUCAAGAGUCUUGUGUGCUGGUUGUAAUCAUGCUAAUAAAUGAUAUAUUUGAUGUUGAUUUAUUUUAGGAUAUGACCUGAUCCACUGUGAGAUUUGUGGUCAUGCUAGCUCAACCCAUUCACGAUACACAUAAGUUUUUAGGAUUUUUAUAUCUCAUUUUAAAAUUUUGAGACAGUAUCAACAAAACUCUUCAUAAAACAACUAAAGGUUGGUAGAAGAAUUCAGAAGGGACCACAGCAUGAGUAGCUUACACAUUCAGGAAGGCAACGAUUAAUGCUAGGCGUUGCAGUCAGAUGAAAUCAAACCUCAUUCUGCACUUAUUACAACAGAAUGGCUCUGGAGUAGAAGAGUCCAGCCGCUACUUCGCCCCUUCCUGCAAGUCCUGACUUUUCACUUACUGAGAGCAUUUGACGCAUCAUGAAACAAAAAUUCAACAAAGAAGAUCUUUAACUGUUGAGCUGCAGAAAUGGGACAACAUUUCACUUUUAAAACUCCAGAAACUGUUUUUCUUGGUUUCCAAACUUUUACAGAGGGUUGUUUAAAGAAGAGGUGAUGCAACGCGGUGGUAAAUGUGCUGCUGUCCCUACGUUUGUGAAAGUGCUUCUGACAUCAAAUGAAAAAUAAACAUAUUACACAUAAAACAGUGAAAUUUUCAGUGCAAAUAUGUGAUCUGAUGUUUUUGUAUGAAUAGAUAUAAGGUUUAAAUGGUCUGCAGAUGAUGCUCUUGUCACAUUGAUUUAAUAAGGGUUAUAUUGAAUAUCAGAAACCAGCUGAAUUACCAUGGUGUCAGGUUCAUGUGUGCCUAUAUUUAAGGUGAUAUCAGGGGCUGGUUUGUAUGCGAUUUUGUUUUAAACUGUGAUUUUUUUUAAACACUCCCUGAGAUACAAUCAGCUAUUUUUCCGAACACCAAUCUUAAGUUAUAUUCUGAGUUGUUUUCCGUCUUUUCAUAUUCUUCUCUUUCAUCCUCUUUACCAUCUCUCGGGAGUCUUGGCUAAGUGGAUGUUGUGUCUGCAACAUGUAUUAGUGCUGUCAUCCUCUAUGUGUGUGUGUGUGUGUAUUUGCAUGUGUGUGUCAGCAUGCGCACCAAUCUGUCUGUCUGGUUUCAGUACUGCUACCUUGGCAGCAGCUUUUUGGGAAGCGUGUGUGUGUGUAUGUGUAUGUGUGUGUGUGUGUGUGUUUGGUGUGCCAGUUUUGAGGACCAGCUGGGCUUUCAGAGAUUUUGUGCAUGUGUGUGUGUUUGUGUGUAUAUGUGUGCAUUUGUUUGUCAGACGUGUUGGUAAGAGUUGCAGCCGUGUCCUGUUGCUCCAUAGAGAAACACACUGUUUUGACUGGGCCGAUAAAUUAGCCAGAUGACUGCAGUCAGCUAUUUUUCCUCCCAUCUCCACACCCUCGCGCUCCUCUUUCCUCACUCCCCCGCCUCCCCCCGUCUCCCUCCCUCUUUCUGCACGCUAAGGACAGCAGGUCAAGGAGACAGUGAUGAGGUACAUAUCAGUGUGAACCAGAAUGUAGAUUAGUAGCCUCUCCAGGCAGAGACACACAUAAAUACACGCACACACAUGCAUACAGAUACAUCCUCUGUCUUUUCCUAACUGUCUCCCCCUCCACCCACUGUUUAUGUCUCUGUCUUUAUCCCUGUGAAAGGUAUCAGGCGGAGGUCAAUAAUGUGUUGAGCACUAUUGAUCUGUCCGGUAGGUCCUAUGGGUGAGGCAGAGGGAGAAGGAAAUGGAGAGGGAGGGAUCAAUGCUAGUCUUUAGAGCACAUCUACGUACUGUACCGCACCGGCCAAUCAGAUCAUUAGUCUUUUGUUCUCUGAUGGAUUAUUCAUCAACAUUGUGGCUUCGUACUAAAGAGGGAAAGCAAGAACAACACGGUGUCCUCACAGAGUGCAGCGACUGAGGAUCAAGGCUCUUGAGUUAUAAAUAUUUUCCUGUUACGGUAGUGCGUCAGAAAAGGGGAUAAAAAAAAAAAAGACGGAUUUGAACUUUGGGUGACAUCGAGAAUUUCAGUAUCGGUAAAGCAAUUAGUUUAAUGGAAAGGAAAUUGACAGCAAGUCUAGAAAUCGAGUGUUUGUUUUCAGUAUUUGUGAUCUGAAAAAUCUUUCUUGUAAGCAUCUUUUGCACUUUUUUGGGGGGUGGGCUUUGACAUUUAAAAAAACAAAAACAAAUGAAUGAUGUAACUUUGGGCUUGAGGAAAAACAAGAUACGAAACAUUUUUGUUUUCACAGAGGUCUUUUUGAACUUGAGGAAGUUGAGAUUAGUGUUUUCAGCAUGUUUUGAUACCCAGUCAACUCAUCAAUUGAUAAUGAAUUGUUUAAUAGUUUAUUAAAGAUAUUCUAAGUUGCAUAUUUCAGGAUUAUGAAUGCAGCUUUUUAAACUUAAAGGGAUAUUGUGGCGUAAAAUUAAUUGAGGGGCAAACACACCGUAACACAGAGUUAGACACCCCGUCGAGAGAUGAAUGUUGCCGACCACUUGCUUCUCUAGUUAUACCAACUCAAAUUUUCCUGAUUUCUUAAGCAAAGAGACUAAACACAACUCACCGUCUCUCUUCCAGCAGCUGCUUGUUUGUAGCGAGACCUCGGGCCAGUCCAGUACGGACUGCUGUGGCGUGACACAGCUCAAAGAACUGCAGACACGGUAGUUCUUCUGCCUUAGCGUCUCGGUCUGAUUGCAUUUCCAUAAAGAAAUGAUCAUAAAUGUUCUUCCUUGAGCUGCGUCACCCCGCCUCAGUUGAUGAUGGACUGGUCAAGGUCUCGUUACAAACAAGCAGCUGCUGGAAGAGAGUAGGUAAGUUGUGUUUAGUCUCUCUGCUAAAGAAAUUAGGCAAAGCUAAAAAAGAUGUUUGAUGAGUAGUACUGUAGCUGGGAUCCUAUAUGUACUGUUGAUCAAGUUAGGUGCUGUUCUGAGCAUUAUUCGUGGCUAUAGAGUGACGUUUUGGUUGAGAUUUGUUUAUGGCUCCUUAGAUCGCUGUGUAUUGCUAUCGUGCGGUCGUCACUAAAGUUGGUGUAACUAGAGAAGCAAGCGGUCGGCAACAUUUAUCUCUUGACGGGGUGUCUAACUCUGUGUUACGGUGUGUUUGACCCUAAAUUAAUUUUAUGCCAGAAUAUCACUUUAAAGCCAGAUCUAAACCUGCUUUUCUAACAAGCAUAUUGAUGAAAGCUAGUAGGAGGCUGGAGUGUCAAACUUGUUGUUGAGCCUAUCAGUGCAGACAAAGUAUAAUUUAAACUACUUUAUGGUGAUGUUUCACAUAGAUAUAGAGUCAAUCACAGACUAAUUACACUAAAACAGCAGUAAUUUAAAAUACCGACUAGAACCAUUUACUCCAUCUUCCUUUAUUCACUCUAAGAGCUUUGAUUUUAUUUUACAUGCUGAACUGAACUGAAGACUUCAACUAGGCGUUGAGUAUUUUAACAGUAUUAGAAAGUAAAGGAUCGGAGCUCUUUAACCACUCGCAGGUUAUCACAGACUGCAGAUCUAAUUGGUCAUUAGAAUACAAGAAUGUACACGCUGAUAAUCCAGUUUGACGGUCGUUUGUCUUCCCAUAGUUAGCAGUCUAAAUAUUGGUGUAAAGAAGCUGAAAGUGUUAUAUAAAAACGCUCAGAUUGGCAGUUCUUCGCUCAAACCCACUGAAGCCACAACGGUGCGCCACAGCUCAGGUCUGAAUUCUGGAUACUGUAUUAUUGAUGUUCAGGUAGCUCCGAAACUUGAGUAAUAUUAUUUCUGCGUGGAUGUGGCUCCAAGACGCGUUGACACCGUGUUUGCGCAGCGCUGCCGAGGAGGACCAUUAAAAUAUAGUUCACAGUUUAAACAGUGUAAAUAUUCUCAGACGUUUGAAAAUGUGUCCCGUGGGUUUCGUUGAACUUUCAGCCCGCUUCAAUGAAAGAAACGUAUUCUUCUCCUUCCUGCUGCAUGUCAGGCAUUAAAGCCUGUUUUAGGUUUCUGCUGCCACCCAGAGCUCACACUUACAGACUUCCUUUUCUAUACAUCCAGCCGGGGAAUGAAUAAUUCAGCUCGACUACAAACACACAUGUUCAUUAUAUCUACUAAUUAGUUCAGCACCGUUGUCUGCUGUGGACGGACUGUCUGCUUAGCUUCUUCCUUCUUCUCUUUUUUUUUUUUGUCUUAAAAGUACCUGUACUCACACCUGCAUUUUCUGUCAACAGCUUUUGUUUACCUGCACCAAUGUCAACAAGAUGAAUUCCUGUAGAUUUAUUUACAUGCCGAGAGUUUUCCUGAUUCUUGUCACAAGGUUCGCUGACAGUCGUCUACUUCUAAGCAGCGAGUUAAAAUGAAAAGAUAGAAACAGGGCGCCACAGUAGAAACCGAAACGGCACUGUUCGUAUCCGAUUUUGUUUUUCCUCGGGCUAGUUGGUUUUAAUAAAGACCGACUGAAUACUAAAUCUACCUUUUGCUGGUGGCAGCUCCACUCAGCGUGCUUUUAACUCGCUUUCAAUGACAGUCAGCAAACAGUGAAACACACAAACAGAUAGUAGAUCAUUGACAGUCUACAUAGCAAUAACAUGAGCGAGUGAUUGUUAGUGAACAGAAAUCUUCCUCCUGGAACCAUUUUCCUCUUCGAUUUUUUUUUUCCUCCUCUUCUGCCUCACUCUUGUAUCUUCUAACUCACUCUCCUCUCUCUCUCUCCUGCAUCUUCUUAUUCUCUCUUUCUCUCUCUGUCUUUGCGCUCCUGGAGCGGGGGAUGCCAGGGGGACAGAGUGCAGAUAGGACCUGUCUCCAUGGCAACAGCUUCUGCAAGCUGCUGACACCCUACUGUGGGGGGGGGGCGGAGGGGCGGGUUGGCUAAGGGGAGGAGGGGGUGUUGUGAUGGGGAGGAGUAGUACAGGGGUUGGGGCAUGGGGAAGGUGUAUGUGUGUCUUAACUGUGUGUGUGUGUAUGUGUGGAGGGGGGGGUGUCAGGAAGAGGAGGAAAGAUGGAGGGAAAAGUGCAGAAGGAGAGAAGGAGGAGGAGAGGAUGCAGGAGGAGGAGGAGGUGGAGAGAAAGAGGCAGCCGACCCUGCUUCUUCCCCUGGGACUCAGCGGCCUGCUCAUGUUCACUAGCAGAAUUAGCAUAAAGAUGGGGGGAGGUGUGUGUGUGUGCGUGCGUGUGCAUGUGUGUGUGUGUUUUCAGUUAAUGUGUGUGUUUCAGAUAGGAGGAGAAGGGCAGCGGGUGUGUUUGUGUACAUGCGUGUAAUUGGCAGAAUGCGUCGUUGUCCAAGCAUACAGUAUUUGUCACAUGGAUGUAGUGUGUUAUCAGGUGUGUGCGCUGGUGGAGCUCCGUUUGUGUGCGUGUGUGUGUGUGUGUUUUGUGAGAACGCCUUCCUCCCUUGGGUCUUAACCCCCCCCCUUCCCCUGUUCUGGUCCUGUAGCCUGCGGUUCUCCCCUGUCUGCCUCUCUGUACUGAAGGGCUGCACUUUAUGAGCCUGUGAUGCAACUCUUUGUGUGUCUCUGUUUGUGCGUGUGUGUGUGUGAGAUGUUUGUGCGUUCGUAGGCUUGCGUGCAUGUGUGUGUUUGUUCCGCCGUGCUUAUGUAAGCACUCCGAACACGCGUCUCCAUCUAUGUGUGUUGACAAGAAUACAGUUAUAUCAUAUUUAACUCCCGGGCUGAAUCAUUCACCCCCUCUCCUCUAGCCUAGAUUCUAUUUUGUUUUUCCAUAUUGUCUGAGUGACGCGAAGGAGGCUGCAAACAAUGAGACUGUCUUUACAUGAAGUGACCACAUCACCAGCGUAGGCUUCUAAAAGUUAGCAAUUUAGUGAUUUUUAGCGUCUUUUUUCAUUCCGAUUUGAACCAGUCUGUGCCAGCGCUGACUCACAUGCUACUAGCUUAAAGUUUCGUACCACUAAAAGAACAGAGACGAUUAAGAGUGGAGCGCCAGUUUGGCCUACAGGUAAAAAUCCUCUCACUAAGGCCGUAAAAGCCCCGAAUUGAACUUUAAACAACUACAAAUCUAGCUCAACUCAUCCUGUGACACAGCUCAAUAUUUUGGGUUUAUGACACAGAGUUUAAAGUUAAAGCUCCUGUGAAGAGUUUUUAGGGUUUACAAAAUCAAACGAGGCCAUUAAAGACAAGACUGGUGGGGGUUUUUUUAAUUUGCUAACACCUCAAACUAGCAUGAGGGGUUUGGUGUCGGUCAAAUCACCCAAUAGUCCUCUUCAUCGGUUUCAUGAAGGAAACUUUUCUAAGGACCGGGUUGGCGCGUAGAGGUUCUAAUAACAAAAACCUUAAUCAGUACAUAGUAUGUAAUCUGGAUACAACAAUUACAUCUUAUAUUAAGCACUUUUCAUUACACUUUAACAUCAACUCACCAUAAUGCAGAAUCAACCCUUCCUCUCUCCGGUGAACUCUGUUUCUGGCUCAUGUUUGCAAGGGCUAUGUGUCGCUGAUGCAGGAAAAUGACGUGCCAAAGAGUCAAGCGCGCAAGUGAUGUGAUGUCGGAAGUGAUGGUCUUUCAAAAAUGUAAUCAUCAAUAUUUUUUUGCGGUACUAAUUGAUCCACGACCCUGUGACGUAGAGAACAGAAGGGCAUUUACAGCUUUGCCAGCAGGGGGCACCAAAAAUGAUGCAAACCAAAAGUUUCUCAGAGGAGCUUUAAGAGAUGCCUCUUCAAACUUUUGUACCAGCUCUACUUUUGAGGCACUUUCGUUCCUUGUUUUGAUGACUAACGUGCUUUUAUUUUGAAAGGAUGCAAAAUAUCUCUUAAAGAGGCCAAAGCACGCAGGUUUUGACAUGCAAUCAAUUUUGCAACGGAUGUUAGACGUGUGAAGAGUUGAGGAAUAGAGCUCCAAAGCACAAAGUGCCCUCUGCUGUUAAAAAAAGGGCAUCACUGAUUUUUGUCAGCCCUUGUCAGUGUUGAUUUUUAAUUGACUCGUAAGGUGAUGUGACAUACUUAAACACAACCAUCAACUUCAUAUGUAUAAAGAUACAAUCAUAGCUUAAGCUUGGAAAAUGCACGGACCUCUUCUGUGCUCAGUACAAUCAACAUUAGUCCAUUAAAAAUUUGCACAAACUCGCUGGUGUUAAAAUGAUGACAUUGAGUUUUACUAAUGGAAGAAACACUCCAGUCUCGUCUUAUUUGCUGAUGACAUGUGACUAUAUUUGAGCCUCUUUUUCCUCACAAUAAAGAUAAAAUGUUUGAUCAAGUUCAAGAAAUUUAGUCGUUCAAAACAUAGACGCAGUUUCUAAGACUGUGUAAGAACUGAUUAUGCCAGUCUAAGGUGUAUAUAUGUUUUAACUGACAGAGAUUCAAGCAUGCUGAUUGCAUCUUAUCCCCCUUCAGUUAAGUUAAUAUUUGUUGUGGGAAAAGUACCAAAGGCUAUUUUUGAGCGUACCCUCCCCCCUCUCUAACCAAUCAUUUCAGUUUGUUUCAUAACCAAUCCAAAAUUCUUAGCAGGAGCUUUAAUUUGUUUGAUAUAAUGCUGGUCAUUGUCCUUUUGUAUUCUAGCCGUGUGAACUCUGGUUUCUGAUACUGAAACAAAAACAUACAGAAGGUCUGAAGCUGUUAUUUCUGUUUUUCUUCACACUUGCACUAAUAAGUUUUAAAUUAAAUUAAGGAGAACAAACAGGUUGUGUCGUUUCGAAAAGCACGUCCUCUGUCUUCAUAAGAGAGCAGACUCUUGUAGAAAAUAAACCGGACCGCUAUUUCCUUUUUAAUACCCUCAACAGACGAUAAUUUGCCUUCUGCAGCCUCCACCACCACCACAGGAAAGGAGUAAAAAGCCAAAACGUCUGUAAAUGAACACUUUUCUGAAUUAAACUUUGGAUGAGAAGGGGGGCAGGACUUUGCUGUGAUUGCAGGUACAGACACUGCCCCCUGUAGUCAUUUGUUAGGCAGUGCAUCAUGAACACACAUCUGUGAGGGGGAAGUCAGAUACAUGCACGCAUUGACAGGCACUCAUUGACAGUUUGAGCACCAAACGCCAUGAUCUGAUUAUCAUGUUUGUGUGUUUCAGAGCGCAGCGGCGGCGCCCAGCCCUGUGAUGGGCAACAUGCCCCCCAACGACGCCAUGCCAGGUGGUCCCAUGCCCCCAGGCUUCUUCCAGGUAAGAUUGACCCCCUUUUUGUCACUCUUUGAUCCACUCCUCCAUCUCUACAUCACCUGUAAACUCACUCUUUCUUUUAUUUUUCCAUCCGCGCAUUACUGACAACAAAAACGACACUAUCACACCCAGAUUUUGGGAACUUUCAGGUAUCCUCAUCAAAUAUUUAGUAUCAGAGAGUUCCUGGUAAUUAGAAGUUAAAGUUUGAUCAGAUGACACCAUGAUUCCAGCUCUCCCACUUGUUUUUUUUACUUUCUUCUAACAUCAUUUAUUCCACUCUUGAUAUUUACACCCACCAAAGCCUGUGAUGUUCACGUCCCUUCAUUCAUGUACGGCUCGCCCUCGCCGGGCCGCAGUUUGUCCGAUUCAAGAUCCAGCCGCUCCCCCCCCUUCCUCCCCUGUUUUCAUCCUCUCUCCGCUCCCCCAUCUCCAUCCCCGACUCCGUCUCUGACCCGUCUCGGCUCUGUGAAGGGAAAGGUUUUUUAGUGUGGGAGAUGGCUGUCUGAAGAGAGAGGAGAAAAGAGACACACAAACGCACUCGCACGCACACAAUCAUCCGCGGCGAGGCAGCGGUGUGAUGGACAGCGCUGGCAUUUGGCAGGAGGCACGAUAAGGUGGUGGAGAAGAGCAGAGGAGGAAAAAGCUAGUUGAAGGAUAGAGAGAGAGAGAGAGAUGAAGAAGAAGAGGAGGAGGAGGAGGAGAAGAAGAGAGGGGAAUGUGAAAGAUCAGUGCCACCAGGAUUGUGGCCCUAUGUUUGUUUCUGUGGCGACCUACCACUCCAUUGUUUGCUCGCUGAGAUCGAGGCGACGUGCAAAAGGGGGGGGGGUUUGUGAGUGUACGACUGUGAAUAAGCUAGUGGAAAGGUAGGGGGGAGAGAGGGUGAGGAGAGAUGCAUGGAAGCUAUUUAUAACAUUGGUGGGGGAGUAAGAUUGGGCGAGGGUUUGUGUGUGUACUAGUGUGUGUUUGUAUGUGUGUGUGUGUGUGGUGUGUUCAGGGGACCUUAUUGUACCAGAAAGCUUUGGUUCUCUGCUGCUGAAGUGCUCAUCAUCAUUAUUAAGAGGUUUCCAGACCUGUUUCAGUUUCAUACCUGAAUACCUUCAGCGAUUCAUCUCUUUGGAGAAGUAAACUCCUUCUUUUGAAUAAUUAUCUUUCUUUUUUUUUUUUCCUCAUAAGAGAGGCACAGGAACAAAAUGGUAAAUAAUUUUGACACAAUCAGCUGUACAGGAACUUUUGCUGAAUAAAUUGAGCAGACAUUUACAUAAUUUGGAUUGAAAUCAAGAGCUAUCUGACCAAAUAAUGAGCAAAAGGAGGGAAAAAAAAGAAGAGAAGAAAUAAUUUACAUUAUUAAUUUUCUUCUGUUUUUCUCUCAGAAGCCUCUCGACUCGCAUGUUUCAUGAAGCCGGAGGUUAUGUUAGAUGUUCGAAAGCUCCUCACAUUGAUGUUUUUAAAAUGCAUGUCAUUGAGGGGACGAUAUAUAUAUAUAGUGAGUAGGUGGUUGUGCGAAUUAGAAUAUCUUUGUGGUGAGCUGAAAGAAAACUCUCGUCCUGCUCAUUACCCAGGUUUUUGUCGACAUCUCUGUCUUCAUUCAGCUCUCUUGUCUGUCAACUUUUCACACUGUUGCUUUAUUAUUUCAGUGAUUUAAAGUUUCUAUGAGUGACUUUUGGCUGGAGUUGGUUUUGUUGCCCCUUGUGGACAAAGUGAUACCUCUUAUAUCUUCUCCUGUGAACAUGAAAGAGUGAACUUUAAGGUUAGCGAUCGUCUCCUCUGAGCUAGAUUUGGUUCCAGAUGUUCUGCGCCUGCUCGGUUUGAUCACUUUUGUGUCUUUCGUGGAUUUGAUGUCACCCUUAAACUCACGCUUGCUCUAGUUUGCCGCAGGUUCACAGUAAAACCCACGGAGGCAAGUCCUGACGACAGGACAGGAAAAAGGGAAGCACUUGGGAAGAGAAACUGUUGCGGAGUUAUUUAUUAGGGGUCAUUCACCUCUUGUCUGGGGGUGAAAUGUCAGCAGUAACACAGCAGUGAGCGGAGAGGGUCGGGGGUUACUUUCAUACACCGUCACGGAAAAAGGAGGCUCACAAAAAGCAGGAAAAAAGCUCCGAUCUUUGGUUUGCUCUGGUUCAAUCAUUGAGGUUUUCAGUCACCGCUAGUGCCUGUCCUGCUGCUGCUGCUGCUGCUGCUGCUGCUUUGCCCUGUUGCAGCGAUCCUUUGGCAACACUGCCCCCAUGUGGUUGAGACUGGAGCUACAUGUAGUCCUUCUACGGGGGGGCCUUGAGAAUCAUCUCCACACAUGUUAAAGCCAUCCUGUAGAAUAUCUGUGCUUAACUUUAGAGGAGAAACUCUCAGACUGUUUCCUGUUGUGCUUUGGCUUUUAAUUCUGUGCUUUUCUAAACGACCUCAUCAUUCAAACUGCAGAUUUUUCAAACGAACCCCUCAGCUGUAUCCAUCUCCCUGCUUCUCCUCCCCCCUAACCUCAAGAAUCCCCUCAAACUCCCACUCCUGUCCUCCUCUUUCUCAUGAUUUUGAUCGGGUAACUCCUCCAGGUGUAAACCCCCUCCUCCUCCCCUCCUUACUUCCCUCUUUGGCCCCUCCCCUCUCUGAAAAUGCUCUUCUUUCUUAAAGGGACCACCCGGCUCUCAGCAGUCCCCCCACGCACAGCCCCCCCCACACAACCCCAGCAACCCUAUGAUGGGACCCCACGGCCAGGUAAGAGGCAAACACUUUCUCUCAAACACCCCCUCUCUCUGUCAUCCCCCCCCAAACCUCCCCCUCACCCACACACACUCACACAAUCUCCCCCCUUCCUCUCCAUUCACGACUUGCACACUUCCUCCUCUCCUUCACCUCCUUCCCUCGAGCGCAGUCAGCUCCUGCUCUGCUCUGCCUAGCUCCUCGUAGACCCCUCCAGCCGCUGGCUCCUCCUUUCUUUUUUUAGGAACCCUGGCAGCGGGCUCACAGAGGCCCGGCGUCGGCUGUCCCUGUGUGGGAUGAAUAAUUCACUCCUCGCCCCGCCCCCCCGGAGCAGCUUGUGGGGGGUUGCACGCUUAUGUGCUCCUCCACACUUUAACACACACACACGCACAAGCGAGCACACUCUCCUUCCUCCUCUCCGCUCCGCUCUGCCUGCUCACUCCUUCUUGAGCUUCAUAAAUAAAACAGGGGACAGGCACUAUGGACAUGACACAUAUACGUAUAACUUAUACAUCUACUUUACACGCACAGGGCGGGUCAGAUAGGAGAGUCUUCAUCUAUCUUUUCACUUAUCCUGAACAGUAGCCACACAUGAUGACACAGAGGAAAAGCCUCUGCCCGUUUGUUACCCGCAGCGGGCCCAGCUCUUCAUUCAUGCGGUUUCUGGUUUCCGUCUGCUUUGUGAGAGAGUGUGGACAUGCUUCCUCUUAGGUUUUUGGACAGUGUUUGUUGGCCGGGGGUGUCUCUCACUACGCCAGGCAGACCACAGGCGAAUCAGCUUACACCACAGCGAGAGCCGGCAGGGAGCGCAGACACACAAAUCCAUGUGCUUGGAGUCUGUGUUCAAGCAGGCAGCGUUAAAUCAAUUAAACACAAACUCUCGCUCUCUCUCGUGAAGCUGUUGUGUUUCAAGUCGGAUGUGUAGAUGAUGUUUGUCCGAUCCCUCAGUGUCAUUUUUUCGUUCUUGAAGCGCACAGCGAGUGUCCAUCUGUGUGUCCUCAGUGCUGCCUCUGUCUGAGUGCUCUGGUUGUAUCAAUAAUGAAAAUGUUUUCUCUCUCUCUCUGUCCCUUUUUUACCCCUUUUUUCCCCUCCCAACUCCCCCUUUCCUCCCUCUUCUCUCCAUCUUUCUCCUCAGCCAUUCAUGUCACCACGGUAUCCUGGUGGACCGCGUCCCACACUCCGAAUGCCAAAUCAGGUACUGGAGCUCUUUUUUCUUUUUUCUGCUGAUAUGUCGUCUUUACUCUCCUUUAUCGAUUUUUGACAUUUCCGUAGAUCUGUGCUGCCAAAGAUGAGUCUCUAUUUUAAUCCGUUUCCAUAUCUGAUUUCCUUUCAGCCUCCAGGUGGAAUCCCCGGAUCUCAGCCUCUCCUGCCAAACAGUUUAGACCCAACAAGACCGCAAGGUUAAAAAAGUUUGCUUAUUCAUUCGAGUAUUUUAUGUUUAUGAUAGACUGUGUGUGAGGCACAGUCUAUCAUAGUUUAUCUACAGGAUAAAUUUUCAAACAAAAGAUCAGUUCAAAAACUGUUUUCAGAGCUGCUUAGCCAAUUUUGAAAAUGGCCUUCAGUUUUGACUGAGCUUUUUGUUUCUAUCUUUUUCCAUGUGCUUUGGGACUAUAUGCCAAAGCACUUUGUAAACUUCUCUUUUUAAAAGUGCUAUACAAAGUUAUUAUUAUUAUUAUUAUAUUUUAUUAUUUUUUAGUAUUUUACUUAUUUUUAUCAUUAUUAUUAUUAUUUUGUGGCCUAUUGAGGUGUUUACAUGCAAAGAAAAAAAAAAGAAAAGCUUCAAGGAAUUCGUCUCACAGGGUUUCUACACAGGUAUGGAAAGUAUGGAAAUAAAUUUGAUCAAUUUCCAGGUCUUUAAAAUGUGUGGAAAAUGACAAAUAUAGUAUGGAAAAAUAAUUAUGUUUCCAGACUAUAACCACAUUUCUAAAAUACUGUUUUCUGAAAGAGAAAAGUAGGUAUUUCCAAACAUAAUUCUAAAAUUUAGGUAUGGAAAAGUAUGGAAAUUCCAGCUGUGUAGGAACCUUGUCUUCAUCUGGACUUGCAUGUUUCCACAUAUUUAAAGCUCUUAUAAGGGAUUUUUUUAAAGUUCAUGAAAUUGACCGAAAUUACCGUUCUUGCCUUUUUACAUCAAACAAGACUUUCAUAGAGAAGAUUGACUGUUUUUGCACUGUCAGUUUUCAUCCCUGAAACUGGUGUUGGCAGAGACGCUAAAGAUGAAGCCCCUGUUUUUAUGUUUUCCUCAUUAAAUAUAAUAAUUGAAAGAUCUGACUGUCAAAAUGCUGCCGAAUUAGAUUUUUUUAGACUGAAAAUAUGACUGCGGCACACCGAGGACAAGCAAUGCAAAUGAUUCUGCUUGUUUCAGAAAUGUUAUUGAUUAUGAAAAGAGGGAAAAAGAAAUCCAGGUUUAAACUGUCACCACUUUAUUCAAUCUCUAAUCUAGCUGAAUUUUUGUUCUCGUGGGUGUCUGGCUCUUAAAGGAGUCCAUAGUGAUUUUAGCUGCAGAUUACAAUCUCACAGGGUCACAGGGUGAAAUCUAAUGAGAUUAGCGAAAAGCAUCGUCUGCAGCACGUCUUAAUUCUGGCUCUGAGGAUGGAGCCGUAUGUGGAUUUACACGAGCAGUCAGUGUGUGACCCUGUCGUCUGUUCUUGCAGGACAUCCUAACAUGGGUGGACCAAUGAGGAUGAACCCUCCUCGAGGGAUGGCCAUGGGCCCACAGGUAACCAGAACAUGCUGAACCAACACAGUCAUUUAUUUGUUGAAGAUUUAACAGUGAAGUCACUUUUGUUUUGGAUCCAUUAGCUUGCAUGAAGUUAAUUUUCUUUUUCUGUUUGUUUUUGUGCAAAUCUUGAAAGUUAAUCCAAGGGACACAUGAUUUAAAAGCUGAGAUAGGCCCAAACUGGAUCAAAUUGGUUCAUAAAAGCUCAGAUAUUAUGGGAAAUAAGAGAUAAAUAUCUCACCACGUGUUUUUCUCACAAUCUGUCCUGCAGAAUUAUGGAGGUAUGAGGCCUCCUCCGAACUCAAUGGGCGGCCCAAUGCCAGGAAUGAACAUGUAAGCGUUUUUUUAAAGGGUUGAUAGUGAAGUUGAGAGUUUUUCUUCUAUUUUCGUACUCUGACUGUGUUUCUGUUUACCUUUUUCUUGGUCUCAGGGGUCCUGGAGGAAGAGGGCCUUGGCCAGGACCUAACGCUAACUCUGUGAGUCAGACCCCCCAUACACUUUAGUUCAGUCCACUUUGUAAAGAUCUCAUUCUAACCUGAUUACCUCUUCCUCCUUGCAGAUAGCCUACUCCUCCUCAUCUCCAGGAAACUACGUGGUGAGUCCAGAUCUUCCCUGAGCGCACUUUCUUAUCACACUCCUUUAUUCUUGAUCUGCUGUAACCUCCUGAAAUCUGUCGUUCCUCAGGGUCCUCCAGGAGGAGGAGGUCCACCCGGAACUCCCAUCAUGCCCAGCCCAGGUGGUGCGUCACCUAACUAUGUCCCCAGCACUAACACUUGUGUCUAAGACAGUCUCAUCCUCCCCUCACUAAACAAGCAUGACUCUCCUCACACCAACCAACCAGUUUUUUCAUUUAUCACAUCUGCAGCUUCUGUCAUGAGCGACCUUCUUUAAUAGGAUGUCGCUAAAGUUUCUUCUUGUCCGUAGAUUCAACUAACUCCAGUGAAAACAUCUACACGAUGAUGAACCCCAUCGGACCAGGAGGCAACAGACCCAACGUGAGUUUGAAGUCAGGUCUCUAAAAGCAGAGGUGGGGGAAAGUCCCUAUGUUGCAGGUCCAAGUCAACACAGACAAGUUUCGAGUCAAGUCCAAGUCCUUACCGUUUCUUUCAAGUCAAAAACAAGUCAUAUCAAAGCCAUAAACCAUUUGUUAUAUGUAAAGAUUUACAUAAAUCAUGAGCAUUUUUCACUAUUUGCAUUUAUUAUUAAACAAGGGUUCUUGUUAAGUUACAUAGUGCAGCUUUAACCAAACUAUUUUACAUGUCAUACAAAAAAUAAUCAGAUAAAUUUCAAUAAUUGGAAACUUAUACAAUUAAACAUUAAACUGAUACUCUAAUUCACUGUUCCAAAACAAAACAAAAGAGAGACACAAGGCAACACGCGGAAACAGGCGGGCAAUACUAGCGAGCAAUUUAUGUUCAGUCCUUCUGGUGUUGUCGUUAUGAGGGAGGCUAGAGUUUGAGACAGUGUUGCCAAGUUUCGUGAGAGAAAUAAGGAAACAGACCUCCAGAAACAAGCAAAUUUCUUUUUGCGGGAAAUAAACAGACUUGGCAACACAACACGGUGUUACCAACGGCCGUAAUUCUUGACUAUUAGUUGAUGCGACACUUUUUAAACGGUUUGGGCUUUCUGUAAGGUAUUAAGUGACUUGAAAAGACUUGACUUUUCAAGUCACUGGGCUCAAGUCAAGUAUCAAGUCUUUAGCAAUCGAGUCCCGAACAAGUCCAAGUCAUUUCUUGAUUUCAUCAAGCAAGUCAAAAACGGGACUCAAGUCCAAGUCGAGUCGUCAAGCCCCCACCUCUGUCUGAAAGGUUCAACCUCCCAGGUUCCGACUCUCCACGUCUGUUAAGAGCUCAAACUCUGGGUGCUGCUGUGAUAAUUAAAGCUGCACAAACUGAGCCUAUCCAGCUCAGAUCGGCUCUGCAGCAACCAUCCUGAGCUCAGCAGAAAACAGAGGAAAGAAAAAUGAAGUAGUCCAGACUUCAACCUGGAAAGACUGAGCGCAGAAAAAGUAAGAAAUGUCAAUUUUAAGGUUUGUUUUGCAAUUUUUGUUUCGUCAGUUCCCGAUGGGGCCGGGGCCUGACGGGCCAAUGGGAGCUAUGGGAGCCAUGGAGCCACAUCACAUGAACGGAUCACUAGGUGGGUUUUUAUAAAGUGGAUUCACCGAAAUUUUCUGGAUUGAGAUCAACUUAAAUUGACUCCCCUCUCUUCGCCUUCCCUCAGGGUCUGGGGACAUGGACGGGUUGCCAAAGGUGAGUUUAAAUCAGGUUUUUUAACAAACUCCUCUUGUUUGCUAAGCGUUCGUGUCGUCUAUCAUCUAUCUUUCUCAUCGUGUGAUUUUUUUCCUCUCUACUUCCAGAGCUCCCCAAAUAACAUGGGGGGCAUGAACAACCCUCCUGGGACGCCGAGAGAUGACGGCGAAAUGGGCGGCAACUUCUUGAACCCAUUCCAAAGCGAAAGUGUAAGUAGAGCGAGUGGUUGACAUCUCACAGCCCUUAACAGUCCUCCUCAACGCCCUCACAUAAACCAGUGGAUAAAUGCAAGCAGAGGGUUGAAACUAUCAUACCCCGAAACUGUGUGUCCUCCCUUUUUGUUGACUUUUUUUAAAAAUGGCUUCAGAAUAAUUCAGGUAGUAGAGACUUUUUGACAUUACUUUUUUGCUUUUCUAUUCCAAAAAUUAAGUUUUUCAAUAUAAGCACUGAGAAAUAUCUCGAAAACAUCUCGAUCUGACCUGCGGUUUAUUAGCUUCCCACAUGCAUCGCACUUGUGUGAUGUUCUGCUUGCAUUCUAGCCGCUUACUAAUCACGUAGUUCAUUGUUUACCCUCUGUAUCAGUGGUCAGUGCUUUAUUUUAAAGGCCAGUUUCCAUAUUAAAGAAAAUGUUGAAUGUCCUUUUUAAGUUUGAGUACAAAGUAGAUGCUAAAGUCACUUAAGAUGGCGGUAACAGUAGGAGUGAGAAAGUGAGUUCUCUUUCUUGUGUCUUGUAAGACUGUGACGGUCUCUGAUCCCUGACCUGGAGAGCCACAUGGGUGCAAAUCGAGUCAAGCCAUAAAAAACUUGAAAUUUCAGAAUUUAGUGUGGGGGAAUAGCAGCUUCGGGUCGAGGAAAAAAGCUUUGUUGUCUUGAAUUUAAAAAAAGAGAUGAUAUUAGUUCAUGGAACAACAACAUGAAAUCACUAAACUGAGGAAACCAGAGGAGAUGGGUGUACAGGUGCACGUCUGCACGUCUGCUCAGGGCUUCGGCACUUUUCUUGGUCUAAAAACAAAAUUUUGUGUUUGGAUGAACUUUUACAGCAGAACUUUUACCAAAACUCAGAUUUAGACUUUGAAUCUGACCGAGAUUGUCGGCUCUGAACAACUCUCUCUGAUCCUCUUAGAAUUCUUGACUCAGGUGUAUUUGCUGGCUCUGGUCUGUGUUCAUGUAGCUCUGCAGUGCUGGGUGUGAGCGCCCUCUGGUGUUUAAAUGUUGUCGGUGACAUAUCCACUCAUCCUCCCCUUCCCUCUCUCUCUCUUUCAGUAUUCACCCAACAUGACGAUGAGUGUGUGAUUUUAUUUUUCCUCUUUUUUUGUACUUUUCUUUACCCCCUCCUCUAUUUUUGAACCCCCUGCACCUGAUGUUUUUUUUUUUUCUUCAAAUCAAUCCUUACUUCACCUCGGAUUGGACCACCUCCCCUUCCUCACACACAAAAACACACACAAACAUCUUCUGCCUCCAAAUCCUCCAUACGGGAUCCUCCGCUCUCCACCCCUUCCCUUAUCCCCCCCACCACCCCAAAUUCUCACUCGGGACUCUGCGGCCACGCGCAGCCUUCCGGGACGGCCCUUGAGCAUGCUGGGACUCUAAUUAAGACGGGCCCUCCUGGAGCGUGCAAGAUGGCCACUGCUCUGAACAGGAAGCAGUCACAGAGCAACAGGAAGGGCCUCCUCUCUGACUCCGGCCCCGGCCUCCCUGGCUUCCUGUCAGGUUCUAGACAAUGAGCGAGGGAUGGAGGACAAACAGAGAGAGAGGUAGAGAGGAGACUGAUAACACAGCCCUCCACAGUGCUGGAUCUUUAAGUGGCUGCCUGGAAGCUUCUCCACCACUCUGGAUUUUAAACGUUUUUAUUUUUUUUUGCUGCUCCUCUUGUCGGAUUUAGUUGAGGGUCCAACAAGUGGACCCCUUAACCCUCCAUCUUGUUCUCUCUGUGUGUACAUUUUUAACAGAGGUGUUGUGAUGAUCAGUGAACUUUUAUUUUUUUUUGUUUUCCUUUUUUUUUUUUUUUUUUGUGUAUGUAUUGUAUCAUUGCUAUUUUUAUUAUUGUAUUAUUGUUAUUAAUGAAAUCGUUCUGAUCAUUUUAAAUUAGGUUCUAAUUUGUUGUCGUUUUAAGGGCACAUUCUUGAUGUUAUGAAGACAGCAAAUGUGCGCAAGUCCGAAUUAAUUCGCUGUGUUAACAUGCGGCACCAUGUGCGCACACUGCCCUCUGCAGGCCACCCAUCACGGUACUGUUUUAUCGGCCUCUUAGUUUGUUUUUUUUAGAGUUUUUAAAAUCAUCAAAAAUCUGAACAUCCUGAUCUUUGAUUUCAGAAGAAGAAGAAGAGGCGGCUCCUGCUUUUUUAAGUAGCUUCCAUGCAGUGAAAUGCACAGCUCUAUUUAUUUAUGUACUUUAAUUUGUCUUAUUGUUCCUUUUUUUAUUUUAAAGUGUUAUCCCUGUUUUUUUCAUUAACCGCAGAACUCGUAGCAAGUGUGUAAAUAUGCAGAUCAAGGCAGCAGCGUCUCCUUAUUACACCCCACUUUUACCCACCUUACCGUGAUUUUUAUGCUGCUUCAACACCCACGACUGCCCCGUUUUACUUUAGCGUUCACUCCAAGCUGUAGUCAGGCGAUGUUCCCGUCUCUGCUGAACUUUAACAAACACUCGGUUUUCUCUCUGAACGGAGAAGUCCUCCACACACUGUGAUGUAUGUCUGUGCUUUACGGAAAUCUGCUUUUUUUUCUUUAUUUUUAAACACGAGUCCGGCUCCUCUUGUCGUCCCCUGCACCUGUCGCUUCUGGAGAAGGACUUCUGGCUCUCUGGAUGGAAGCUGUUGCUCUGUUUGAUUGUCACAAAAACAGCCUCCCUUUCUGCUCAUCUUGAAGAAAACAAAAAGACCUCGUCCUUCUCCCCUUUUUUCUCACCUGUCAGACGGGCCAGCAUCCACACACACACACACACCCCUCUGAUUUUUCUUUCUUUUUUUUUUUUUUUGUACAAUCCUUCAUCUGUUUGAUUUCAUUUUUUUUGUAAAUACUGUAAAAUGCAUUUUGAUAUCAUUGACAUGUUUUGAUAUUUUCAAAUCACAACAACAGUUGAUCAGAGAACACGCUGAUUCGGGGCAACUGUGUGUAUUUGUGCAGAAAAUGGUGUGUCUUUUACUCAGAAAUGAUACGAAUGAUGAGAAUCAGAAACUGGAGCUGCUAUGGACUAUUAAUGCUUUUUCUUCUCAUCACAGACAAACUAGGGAAGGGGGUUUACUUUGCAUCAGAGGGGACGAAGGAGGAAGGGUUAUACUGAAGUGUGUCUGAACGCCUUUAGCUAACUCACUGUCGCACAUUUCUUUGAAAAAAUGUCCAAAUUAAACCAGACUCUUGCCCGGGUUUCGCCCUCCUCUCUGUUCUUGGUCAGUUUUGAGCCACAAAGGCCUCGAAAUGCUCCUUUUUUUUUGACAGACAACUCUCACAGAAAUCUUGUUUUCUUCUGCCUCUGACACAUUUCAGCUUCUCUCGAGACACAAAGCAAAAAGCGGGGCACACGGACACUCUCUCUUUCUCAAUAUGACACACCAGGGACCAGAGAACAGACUUUACUAUGAAGGAUUUUUUGUAUCUAUUUAAAAACGGGGGCGGGAGAAAUGUUUUUGGGAAAGUAAAGUGAAUUAAAAAAAUAACAGACAGAUUAGUUUUUGUUGCUAAAAAAGAGGUAGAGAGAGUGCUGGAGCAGCGUUUCCUCCCCUUUACUUUGAAACUGUUGUAUAAAAUGCAGUCGAUCUCUCUAUCUUUCUGUCCUGUAAGUACAGCCGUCACAAACGUUGAUCAUUUCUGUAUUUCUAUCGUGCUGAUGUAUAAUACUGUAACAUUCAGGGGCCGGGAGGGUUAAGAGGAAACUUUUUGAGGGGAGUAAAGAUUUUUCUGUUCACUUCCUCACUUUUCCUCUUGAUGACAAAGCAGUAUUGAAUAUGAGGCAGUCUGUCCAUGGGGGUUGCUUUGUAUCUCAUGUUAGGGUAGUUUCAGAUCCUAAAUGUCUUGUGUAGUAAAAAAGAAAAAAAAAAAGAGGUUCCUUCUUCGUAUGUUUCUUUAUAUUGUAAAGUUUCUUUAGACAAAAAAAAAAGUUGCUUAUUGGAAAAAAGGUGGGAAAACUGCAUUGAUAAUAAAUGUAAUUUUUUAUUUUAUUUUUAUUUUUUUUUGUUUUUGUUUUCAAUUUUCAUCAAGUUGUCAGUCGUUUUUGCCUGUGUCCCCCUUGUUGUAGAUACAUAUUAAAAACAAAUAAAAUGACUUCACUCCUUUUGCCAUGAAA